GGACGGCCGCCGCAGGAUAAGGGCGGGAAGAGGAGAAGUUCCUGCUUCCCGUUCAGUCGCCUUUCCCCGGUAGCGGCGGCAGCUGGGCGGCGUCUUCCCUUCCUCACUUGCCCCCUCGCAGCCCGGGCUGCAGCCCUGCGCGCCCGCGCUUAGCCGGGACUAACUCGGCCAGACUUACUUCCGAGUAGGGAGCGCGCAGGGCUGCGCCGCCGAGGAGGGAGGCGCGGCGGGGAAGGGGAGGAGCCCAAGCACAUUCCUGGGCUGGGCAUGUUUGGUUGAGGCGGCGGCGGCGGCGCGUACACUCCUAGCAAGCGGCAGGCGCACCGCCGGGCCUGAGCGCGCCCCGCUCCUCUCCAGGGCUGCCACUUGCCUGGGCAGGCGCGUCGCGUCACGGCUGCGUGGAUCCCGAGCCGCGGCCUCCCCACGCCGCGCUCCUCUCCCUCGUCUCCCUCCUCCUCCUCCCACGGCCCGUCCACUCCGGCCCGGCCUUGCCGUUGCUCCCUCCCCACCCUCGGCUAGCGCCGUCUCCUGCUGCUGCUGCUGCUGCACCUCCUCAGGCCGGCGGGGAGGGAAGCCGGAGUUGGGCCGGGGCCAUGACCGUGGAGCAGAAUGUGCUGCAGCAGAGCAACGCGCAGAAGGUGAGGGGCGACCUGGCCCGCGGGAUGGGGGAGAGCUACCCUGUGUUCAGGCCCAGGCAGGAAGCCCUUGGGCAGGCUGCUGGGCUACGCGAGGGCCUGGCUUUUGGGAGCCGAGGCGGGUCGGCGCCUUCCCUCCCGGCUUCCCUCCGUGACCUUUGCGUCUAGCGAGGGAGAGGCUAGAGCCGGUUGGGCGGCUCCUCCCGGCCUGGGGAAGGGGAUCGGGGGGGGGGGGGUCCGCUGAGCUCCUGGAAGCGGCUCUGCCUUUCUGUCAGUAUUACUUCUCCACCCCGUCCGCGCUUUGAGUUCCUGGAAGCGUGUUCCUCCUCUCGCAUUUGCCCUGCUUUUCCCUCCUUACCUUGCCAGAGAAGUGCCCACGGGGGUUGGUAUAUUAGGGGGACGGAGGAGGAGCCCGGCGUUUCGAUCCGCAACUCGCCCUUCCUUCCCUGCCCCCCCUCCUCUCACAAAAGUGCCACUUUAUUUUUAAAUAGAGGGAUUGACGUUUUCAUCCUCCCCCGAUUCUGGCGCCCUGAGACGCAUCUCGGUUCUGAUCAUGCCAGCUCUUCCAACCGGUUCUGUAAUACAGUACAUACUCAGAGGUGUAGGAAGCAGGCUGGUUUCCUGCUUCAACUAUGUUUCAUGCACUUAAUGUAAAGCUUUGAAAUGAGUCUGUAAAUGUGUAUCCCGUGAGGAGUGGUGAAGAAUGCUACUGCUUCUGUUUUUGCCCUGAGCCAGGAAAUCUGGUUGUUAGCUAAAAGUAUAGUGUGGUUGGUAGUGUGAAUGCUUUACUUGAAUUUUGUAGAUUAUAUUGAAGGUGUUUUGUUAACUAUUAAUAACAGUGGCCUAUGUUAGUAGCUUCUGAGUUGUAUAUAUGUUUCUUUUGAGGUUAUGUAUUUCCUUUGGAGAUUUGGCUUGCUAUUUCAUGGGAUAUAGGACCCAAAUGAUCUAAUUCUGGAGAAGGUUCAUGGUACUUUGUCCAAAGGAAAGUUGUCCUUUCUAUAACACUUUGAACCUUUCGAUAUAAAUAGAGUAAGACUGGUAUCCUUGAAUUUAUGUGAAGUACAUAAUCUGUUGGAAUGUGUAAAUAAUCCUACUCCAAAGAAGGCUGUUAUACAUGGCCUUCAUCUGCUCUUUUUUACUUUCGUUUUGUCUUUCCAAAAUCCUUGUGUGGUAGGUUAACUGAGAGAUACUGCCUCAUCCAAGGUUAUCCAAUGAGCUUCAAGGCUUAGCAAAGAUUUGAAACCCUGGUCUAAGCCUAAUAUUCUCUCAGAUAAUUUGAAACCAUUCACAUUUUUGAACAAGUCUUUUUUAUAGACUUGUUUCAAGCACAGAUGCCUAUAAGUUAAAUAGGUAAAAAAUAGAUAAAUGACCCCUGGACAGUUAAGUCCCAUCAAAGACUACUAUGGGGUUGCUGUGCUCAUCUCUCUUUCAGGCCGAGGGAGCCAACGUUUGUCCACAGACAACUUUCCAGAUCAUGUGGCCAGCAUGACUAGACUGCUUCUGGUGCAAGAAGCCAGAGCGCACGGAAACACCGUUUAUGUUCCUGCCGCAGCGGUAUCUUGCACUGGUAUGCUUUCGAAUUGCUAGGUUGGCAGAAGUUGGGACAGAGCAAUGGGGGCUCACCCCGUUGCACAGAUUCGAACUGCCGACCUUCUGAUCAGCAAGGCAAGGAGGCUCAGUGGUUUGGACCACAGUGCCACCCACGUCCCUAUAAGUUAAAUAUGGUCAUUUUUUUAUAUAGUAUGUUUAUAACUUAUCAAUUUGAGAGGUGUGUGGCCACUAAAAAAUUGUGCUUUUUGUUUUUGACUCAUGUGAAAUGAAGAGGGGCAUUCCAAUUGCAUAGCCAUAAAGGCUUGCAAAGAUGCUAUACAUUCUUCUACAGUUCCAUUGAACAAGUAUGUGUUAAAAAAAUAACAACUCACUUCUGUUUCCACAUUUACCUCUUUCCAUUUGCCUGCUCAUUUCUUUUGCAUUUUGCAUCCUUUUAUAUCUGCUUCUAACUCCUUCAAAAAUGUCUCAUAAAAUACAAGAUUUAAAGUAAGCAGUACCUGUGUGUUCUUAACAUGCUUUAAUAACAGUAGAAAUCUACUCCUUGAGUAACUUCAACAGAGUACUUCUGUGCUGUUGAUACUCUGUACUUCAGUGAGGAUUUGACAACUGCUUUUCAUCUUUGCGCUCUUUGCAUUCAUGCUAAAACCAAAGUCAUGAGUAGUUGUAUCCCAGAUGCACUGAAUAGAAAGUGUGACAGCUGUUUCUGUUUAAACAUACAUCCUACCCAGCUUUGUAAAUAAGCCCACAAAAGUUACUAGUCUUACUAGCUUUCUAAGAGACUAGUAAUCUGCAUUUCCGUAUUGACCAUGGGUAGGCAAACUAAGGCCCGGGGGCCGGAUAAGGCCCAGUCGCCUUCUAAAUCUGGCCUGCGGACAGUUCGGGAAUCAACGUGUUUUUACAUUAGUAGAAUGUGUCCUUUUAUUUAAAAUGCAUCUCUGGGUUAUUUGUGGGGCCUUCCUGGUGUUUUUACAUGAGCAGAAUGUGUGCUUUUAUUUAAAACGCAUCUCUGGGUUAUUUGUGGAGCAUAGGAAUUCUUUCAUUUUUUCCCCCUCCAAAAUAUAGUCCGGCCCCCCACAAGGUCUGAGGGACAGUGGAUUGGCCCCCUGCUGAAAAAGUUUGCUGACCCCUGGUAUUGACCAUUUAAGAGGCAAAGUGCCCUCCUUUGCUAGAAGAAAAAAUGCCACCUGUGAAGUAGAUUGGUGGAGGAGGAAUAGAGCAUUUCAGUGCUGAUUGUGAAGGAAGAGACUUUUCUCUUUAAUUCAGAAGGUAUGGAAACAAAGUGGGCUGGUAGAAAUGGGAUUAAUGAAAGCUGCAAUCCAAAAUGUCUGGAAGGCGCUUAUUUGACAAAGGCUGAUCUGGGACAUUAGAAUUUUUCCUGAUGCAAACUGAAUUUUCCAAUGCAGAGUACACUAUGCAAAUUAAUGUGCUUGUGGAUGCAAAUCAAUUCAAGAAUUUGGCUGAACCCCUGUCAUUGCCCAAUUCAAAGUCCAAAGGACCAGAAGCUGUUGGUUUAUAACUGUUUUUACAGGGAUGUUUGAAACAGCUGGGUUCAUUUAACAGCAAACAACUGCUUGGUACCCCAUAGUGGUGUUUCUCUUUGGUUCCAAACAGCUCCAAUGAGUUCUCUAAAGAGUCUGUAAUUUUGGGAAGGGCUGUAGCUCAGUGGAAGAGCGUCUACUUUGCGUGCAGAAGGUCCCAGGUUGAAACCCCAGCAUAUCCAGGUAGGGCAGGUUUAAGAGAGAACUCCAUCAGUGUAGACAAUUUUGAGCUAGAUAGACCAAUAAUCCAGCUCAAUAUAACUCAGUUUCCUAGUGUGGUGUAGUGGUUAAGAGCGGUAGUCUCGUAAUCUGGGGAACUGGGUUCGCGUCUCCGCUCCUCCACAUGCAGCUGCUGGGUGACCUUGGGCCAGUCACACUUCUUUGAAGUCUCUCAGCCCCACUCACCUCACAGAGUGUCUGUUGUGGGGGAGGAAGGGAAAGGAGAAUGUUAGCCGCUUUGAGACUCCUUAAAGGGAGUGAAAGGUGGGAUAUCAAAUCCAAACUCUUCUUCUUCUUCUUCUAUGUGAAAAUAAUAUUUGUGCUUGUGUUGCUGAAUGAACCUUUAAAUAUGCCUCUUGGGAUAGAUGGGAUAAAUAACCCGUAUGUGUUGAAAUAAGAAAGAUAAAGUGAAAUGAUCUAAAUUAAUAUUGGGUAAGCAGGAUAUGUUCUGUAUUCUUGUGUUUAUUCUGAGAGUAAAAGUUCCUAUUACUAGAACAAAGCAGAGCUCUGCAAUUUCCAAUUAUAGUUUCUCAUGUUAGUUUUGCCUGUUUUUAAGUGUCUGCCUUUAGUGUGAGAAUAUAAACAUAUACUGCUUGGGAACCAUGCCCUUCCGGCUUGACUAAUUCUUUCCCAUAGUGAACUCCCACAAAAGAAUGUUGUCAGAUAUGUAUUACUACUAGUAGCUGUCAGUAUAUCUUUUCCUAAAAAAAUACUUGUUGCCUGCAAUUUACAUUAAAUAGUAGAUUAUUAGAUGAUGGGUGUUGUUACCAUGACAGUGACAAUUUAAAAGGAUAGGCCUUUCCUAUGUCUAUAACACAAGCAUAAACAAAAGCAUCUCACUAAUAUAGUUGUCCCCAUGGGAUUUGCAGUUCCUAUGCAACAAUUUUGUAUGGAAUGCUUGAUGCAAAUAGUAAGUUUUGUCCCAGCUAUUCAAGCAGAAGACCCCUUAGCAUAUCACUAGUUCCUGAAGAGUUUCUGUACUACAGAUUUGAAGAAGCAGCUUUGUUCUGUAAGUCUGUAGUACAGAAAUUCUUCAGGGCUUGAUGAUAUGCAAUCCUAGCCAUUUCUAGUCAGAAGUAUGUCCUAUUGAAGCCGGGAUUCAAUAGAACUGCAGACCAAGUGAUCUUCUAACUCUAUAAUUGGGGCAAAACAUAGAAAAAUGCUGUGUGCGUACUGAACUUAGCAUGCAAAACAUUCCAUAUAAAGUUUUCUCAUAGGAAAACUGCAAAUCCCCUGGGCAUGAGCUGUUUUUGUUCCAACUGGUCAUGAUAUGGUGAAAGCUUUGAACAUUAGGCUUAUGUUUUUUCUUUCCCUAUACAUGUGUUUUGUGGUAGCACCUAGAAACAUACUGAGGAGUAUCUUCUUGCUGGUACUUUGACCCAUUAAAAUAUAUGGAGACUCUUAGUGUGUGUAACACUGGUGGAAGUAGAACUAAGUAGCAUAAACAGCUAGAGUGAAAUACUACAUUAGUGGUAGGAUAUUGGUGUAAAAUAGUUUGUUAUUUGAUAUGUUUAGGGUUUUAAAAUGUCACUUUCUGCACUCAACUACGGUCAAGGGUAUUAGAAAAAUGUAUGAAAUGUUAUCUCUCUGGUUUUUUGCUGCAUAGGUCACUUAAGGACAGUUUGCACUUCAUUCUUACCAGAAAUCACACAUGCAGGAUGUCCUAUUGAGGAAUGUAUGGAUUGCUAGGUUUGGCUUUUGUACACAAGAAAUUCCAUUGGCUGCACUUGAGUUCCAUGUGAGCAGCUGGCUUCAGGUGCUGGAGGUAGAGAAGUCUGCUCUUUUCCAGACUUCCAGUCUCUUUCCUUGCUACAGCAAAGGCAGUUGUCACUGAAAACACAUUUUCAACAGAUCUAUAUAAUGUUAGGUGCAUCUAUUUUGUGUAUGUUUCAUUUUUUCAUUCAUAGAGAUAUGUACACCUAAUUGGUACUUAAGAACUAUGACACACUUCUUUAACGUAUACUUAGUGGCUUUAAUUCUUGCUAUAAUUACUGGUCUUUUUAAGUACAUGUCCUGGUAUACACAGCUGGUAGAAUAUUGUUGAACAAGUGAAAUGUUUUGACAUAUGAAGGAUUUAAAAAUUGUAUUAUAUAAAGUACCAAACAAUUGUCAUUUUUGAAACUUCGUUUUUUGUUAUAUCUGAAUUGAUUUUGUAUCAUAACACAAUGAUUUUCCUUAUAGCUGCCAUCUCUUCUUUUCAAUUGCAAGUACCAAGAGGUGAAUAAAACACAAUCUGUGGCCAGUUAAGAACACACAAGCAGCAGUCAGAAGAAGCAUGAUUAAAAUGUGCUAAAUAUAUUUUCUAAUAGCUCAGUUGGUAGAGCAUGAGACUCUUAACCUCAGGGCUGUGGGUUUGAGCCCCACGUUAGGCAAAAAGAUUCAUGCAUUACAGAGGUUUGGACUGGAUGACCCUCUUGGUUCCUUUGACUCUACAAUCCUAUGAUUCUAAGUCCUGCAUAAAGUGGUAAUUUGGUAAAAUAUAUAGUGAACUAGUAUAUUUGUAUAAUGGAAGUGGGCUGCUGUAAUUAUGUACUAACCAUCUUUAUACUAAACUCAUUCAGAAUUAGGGAUAAAUUAUUGAAAUUUUCCAAAGAGAGGUGAGCAUACAUUCUAUUUUUCUUUGAACAGUAGUUGAAAGAACUGAAGGGACUUUGCUCUGAUGUAAAAUCUGUUGCUGUGGCUCCUUUAAGCUUUUUUUUUUUUUUUUUUUUUUUUGGUAGCUCAUUGAUUGCAGAGAAGAGGGCAUGCCUAAUGGGAACCCUUCCCUACAAUUUCCUGCCUUAACUCCAGCUUUCUUCACAUCUUCAGCAUUUUACUAAGCCUUGAGUCUCAAAGGGCAUUCCAAUUUUGCCACCCUUUUCAAGCUGUGUGUGUGUAGUGCAUUUCAGCAGGUUUGUGAACUAGGACAGCUGUGAACAUGGGCCCUUCUUGGUGCCAGUAGUUCAUUUGUUUUUGUGUUACUGUGAAGCAGGGAAACCACUACAGUCUAAAUCUAGUAUACACAGUUCAUGAAAGCUAAAUACACUCAUGCAUAUAAUUUAAUUGUUCUCUAGCAGAGAUUGCAUUUUAGAUUCUAGUAUCACUGAGCAAGAGGCAUUACAAACCCGUGAGAUGUUUGUUUUUCAAUGAAUUUUUCUGUUUGCUUGGAGAAGAGAUGCUCAUGAAUAAUGACAAUUUAUGGAAACUUAUCCUGAGGGGCAAGAGAAGUGUGGAAAUGCAAUGCCUCUUGCUCCAGAAGUGGGGUUUUAAAAUAUCUGCUGGUUCUUCAAUCUCAGUGGAGAAAACAUUGAACUUACAAUGUAAGUUUAAUGUACUAACUAUAAAAUAUAUUUAUUCUGGAGUCCAACAGAGCAGAGUGCAAUAGUCAGAAAUGAAAUGUUUUGGCUUCAUUCAAGUAUGAGUUUCAAAAUUAUUUCCCCUUUGACAGUAUACAGUGGUACCUCGGGUUACAUACGCUUCAGGUUACAUAUGCUUCAGGUUACAGACUCUGCUAACCCAGAAAUAUUACCUCAGGUUAAGAACUUUGCUUCAGGAUGAGAACAGAAAUCAUGCUCCGGCAGCGCGGCAACAGCAGAAAGCCCCAUUAGCUAAAGUGGUGAUUCAGGUUAAGAACAGUUCAGGUUAAGAACAGACCUCCAGAAUGAAUUAGGUUCUUAACCCGAGGUACCACUGUACUGGGAACCCCAGUAUACUGGGGUUUGGUUUCUCCUCUUUCAGCAUCUCUUUUGUAGUCUCACGGUCCCUGCCAGCAUUCUACACAUGGUUGUGUUAUAUUAGUAGAAGAAGCCCAGGACAGCCAGGGCAAAAGCCUUUGCCUUGGAUGUUGCAGCUUUCCAUCAUUUCUUUAACCACAUAGUUCUGUAAGCAAAUUAUUUAUGGCUCAGUCUCUCUUUAAUCUUUAAAUAAACUAACUUGGGAUAAAAUAAAUGUUUGGCAUUUCUGAACUUGAAAGUCAUUCAGUUCUGCUCUUUCCCCCUCUAAACCUGUGGAACCUCUGGAGCUACACAAGCCAUAUUCUGCCAGCUUGUUUCUACGCUUUUAGAGAGGUCACAGAGGUAGAACCACAGCUCUUCUGUCUUGCCUGUACAUCAAAAUAUGAUUCACUAGGAUGUCAUUAUCAUCAUCAUCAUCAUCAUCAUGGUCACUUCCUCUAGUAACAAACCAAAGUGGUGAGUGCUGAGCCAAAACUGUAACAUUGAGGAACAACAGGGAAAUAAUUAUAUGCUCAGGGGAACCGUAAGAUUUGCAGUUGUACACACAUUUAAAAAGGAGGCGGCACAGAACAGGCCAGUGGGUAUUGAACAUGAGUUUAGUGGCCUCAAAGAGUCAUGCACUAUUGUCAGGUGGAAAAGAAAUGUGGGGUAGGGAGUAAGGUACACUGCUUCCAUCCAUUACAGUUCAAUAGCAUUCUGGAAGGGGGAGCAGGGCUGGCUGGCUGGAACCUACUCCUGUUUGGAAGUAGGAAGAUAUGUAACAACAUUUGCAGUUUCCACUUAUUCCUUCUAAUAGUGAGAUUGAGUGGUGAAGACCCCUUCCCCCCCAUCUCCCACCCUGAGCAGGCUGCUGAUACGCUGGCAGCAGUACUUUUUCUCUUUCUCACCUGAUAUCUUCCCAGCUUUCUCUUAAAAGUAAGUUUGAUGUUUGAUUAGGAAUCUUUUUCCACUGUUGGGCCUUGACAUACUUUCUUUUACCUAAUUGUACUAGCGGAUCAUCAGGCUCCCCCUGCAAAGUAUGCUUAUAAUAUGUCUCGCAUUAGUCACAUUUGUGUUUAUGAAAGACUCAUAGAAGUCUUCUCUUUCUAAAAUGGACAGUUUUCACUAGUUGUAUGGAGGAGGAGGUGGUAGUGUGGCAGUCCAUUUGAUAGUGUUCACUGUUUCUUUUAAACCUUCCUGAUGUGAAACUGUUACUAAUUGCGAUUGUGAUCUUUGUAGACAGAUCAGUAAUAGGGAACUAUCUUUGAUCACCGUCUAAUUUCACAGUAUCUGCAUGAAUGUGUCUUUUUAUAGAGGUCUUUUAUUUGUACAUGAGAGUAUUUAUAAACUUGAAAAGGUUUAUUUGCUGUUUUCUACAUUAUUGCUACUUUUGCUGGAGAAUAAAGGUAAAGGGACCCCUGACCAUUAGGUCCAGUCGUGACCGACUCUGGGGUUGCAGCGCUCAUCUCGCUUUAUUGGCCAAGGGAGCCGGCGUACAGCUUCCGGGUCAUGUGGCCAGCAUGACUAAGCCACUUCUGGUGAACCAGAGCAGUGCAUGGAAACACCGUUUACCUUCCCGCCGGAGCGGUACCUAUUUAUCUACUUGCACUUUGACAUGUUCCUGUACUGUUCCUCCUCCACUUCUACCGCUGUCGUACCACAAGUAAAACAAGCCUAGUCUGGCUUGUUCCAUUGUCCAAACCUAGCAGGGUAAGUGGCGCUGGUGGUGGGGUGACAUUUUAAAUCCGUUUGGUGAAUACAUGGUUUAAAAAAUCAUGUUUAAUCCCCCCCCCCCCCGCAAAUGCCUAUUGUUUGUUCUUCCACUCUCCAUAAUAAAUAAACUAUAGUUAUUGUACUGUAAUGGAAAAGUUGUCUCAGCAUCCCACACAGCCUUGGUGUAGUACAUAUUGUAGAUUUUCAAGAUACAUUACAUUAUUUAUUCUGCAUAAUCUAAAAUAGCCCUGCAGUGUUGGUGAGCAAAGUGAAAUAAAAUGUGAAUGGGCCUCUCUCUCUCUCUCUCUCUCUCUCUCUCUCUCACACACACACACACACACGGCUUGCUCUUUAUCUCACAGUUGUGCAUUUCUUUGUUGUUCGUUGUAAAGGGUUAUUAGUCACACAGCUCCAGAAAAACAUUCUUACUAAAAGUGUUUUAAAAAAUAAAUCCAUCUCUAAAUGCGCAAAUAUUUUGGAAUCUGGGGAAUCAAAGAUCAGUUGAGCACAGGUCUUGAAUUAAAUCACCCUGCUUUGUAUAUUAAAACAUUAGGUUUGUUAAUAGAAAUGUUCCAUUUGUAACCAGUUUAAAAUCUGCAGCCCACCCUGAACUGGUCUCUUGCUUUCAAGAAGUUAAUUUUGAUUAAUGUAGGAUCAGUAUUCUGUAUCACUUGUGUUGGGUCGUUAUAUGCUGAGAAGGGAUUGCCUCCCCAUCUGCACACUUCCUGCAUUUUGGUGUGUACUUUGACGUGAUCAAGGCGUGAGGUUACCCUUGCCUGUUUACAUGUGUAAAGAACAAGAAAAGGAGAACAAAAUGACAAGAUGCUUCCUUUUUUUUUGUAUUUGUUUACACAUGUGGAACUGACCAGAAGCAUGGAAUUACAAAUGCGCAACAUGUAAAUGAUAGUCUUGCCUUCCAGUACGGUGAGCUGCUAAAGACAUAUCUACAGGUAGAGAGCCAGCAUGGUUAGAGUGUUGGACAAGGACCUGGGAGACAACAGACAUGAAGCUUACAGGGUGACUUUGGGCCAAGCUCUGCCUCUCGGCCUAACCUACCUCACAGGGCUGUUGUGAGGAUAAAAUUUCAGAGGGGAGAACCAUGUAUACCACCGUGAGGUCUUUGGAGGAAAAGUGGAAUAUAAAUGUAACAAAUAAUUGAAAAAACAGGUCCAUAGAUUUAAAGGCUGUCCUAGCAGCCACAUAUUUCAUUACUGUUUUGGGUCUUGAAUAAUAAGGAACUGCAACUCCCUUUCAUUGGCAAGUGGAGGAAUAUGUGGAUGGCUUCUUUCAAAUCAUUGUGUGUUGGAUACGUGUUUUGCCACUACACUGCACACUUUUCCAUUAUAGUAAGAUAACUGUAGCUUGAGGUCAUUUUGCCCAUGCAAAAAAACUGCUGAUAGCUGUAUUCCAUUUGACUCUUAUGGUGGCUUUUGGAGGUGUAUGGACAUUGAAAAUUGGAUUCACCAAGAUUAGUUUAAUGAGGUGAUUGAAGCAAUUAAACUCUGUUUUGGUUAACAAGAGAUAAACAAAAGGUGUUUGUCAGUGAGCUGAGAAUAUUCUAUAUACUACGGUUCAAAAGGGCUUCUUAUAUAACAAAGAAUACCAACAAUUCUUCACAUUUUACAUGCCAGUACAGUUUAAAUUAUAUAUAUUAAAAGCUACAUAUAAAACCAUGUUUACUAAUUCACAAACUAAGUACACAUGUUCAGAGUGCAUGGGAAAUUGGUUUUUAUAGAUAAAGUUUAUGAUUUGGUUCAAAUUUAACAGUGCAGGCAACAGUUCCUGACCCCCGCAUGCGUUGGUGGGGUGCAUGAAAGCCCAUGCCACCCCAUUAUGGCCCUGCCCUGACCCCAUUCUGCUAUCCAUUUUGGCCCCGUUCUUUUGGGUCCAAAAGGACCUGCAUGUCAGCAGCCGCACGUCACUGCCUGUAAUAGUAUACUUGACUAGCAUCCAUAGUGAAUUUGUCUGAUCCACCAAGUUUGUAACUGUAUGAAAAAAGAAAUAAGAUUUGUCUGGCAUGACUUGUUUUUGAGAAACCCAUGCUGGAUCUUAGUAAUCACAGCAUUCUUUUCUAAGUGCUCACAGGUGCUUAAGCAAUUCAUGUAAAGCCCCAUAUCUUGGGAGCUUUGUGUUUCACGUAGUAUUUCUGCAUGUUUGCAUGUUGGGACAGGAAUUGUAUUUAGAUUGACAUGUUGUAUAGUCAUUACUGUAGAAAUUGUUAUAAUUCCUAUAAUCUCAACAAGAAGAAAAUAGCAAAUUGCUAACCAGAUAUUUAAAAAGUAGCCGAAAAGAUUUGUGCUGAUAUACUUUAAAUCAUGGCGUAAUAGUUGCAAUAAUGAAUUUUAUGUACCCGUGAAAGCUUAUAUUGUCAUUAAUAAUAAAAAAUGAUGUUUGUUUAAUCCAAGAAAAUGUAUAUACAUUUAAAUAAAAAAGCAUGUUAAGAGCCAUGCUGCAACAAACUAAAAGCCUAUAGAGUGCAACAUCCUGUUUCUCACAGUGCUCAGCCAGGAGCCUACAGCAGGACAUGAGCACAGUUGCACUCUUCUGCUAUUCCCCAGAAGCUGGUGUUCUCUCUGUUUUCAGAGCCUGAACAUAUUGUAAUGUUUUCUGUCACUUCUCUGACCCUGCUUCAUGCUGCGUCCAAAUGAAAAUAGUUAGCAUCUAAUGACUCUCUUUUGGCAGCCUAUGUGGGAACAUUGGUGAUUCUCCAGUUCUGAAGGGAUAAAUGUCCACUUAACACAGUUGACAUCCACAGUCUGGGGUUUUGGCAGCCGAAAGUGCAGAAUGGGAAUUAGCUUGGAAAAGUAAACGCCAUAGGGCACCCUCAUGCUGUGUUGGCACUUUACCUGGCUUUUUUUAUUUAUCAGUUCAGAUGCUGAUUAGUAUCGCCUUUGCAUAAAGUGCACCCUUUAAUAUAUUAUGUUAAAAAGUGAGAAAUUGGAUUUCCAUUGUAUGCUAAGGCUUGAUGAGGGGAAAUGUAAAUCUGUAAGCUAGAUGUAAAGCCGUAAAAUUGGGGAAGCUGUAGAGUUCAUGCCAGGUACUUCAUAACUUUGUUUAUUCAAGCCUGGAUGCUGGGAAAUUCUUUACUAACAAUUAGUUCCUGAGGAACUAAUAAUUUAAACAAGGCACAGGAAGCAGUUACGUACACAGCAAACAGAAGUAACUGUGACAUGAAGCGCAUAAACAAGACAUCACAACGACACUUUGAGGGCUUUUAAUGUAUGCCUUUGUUUCUGAUUCCAUAAUGAUAACACUGCUCAUUUCCCAAACAUUAGUACAAAAUAAGGUCAGGCAAAAGGACAAUUCUUCGUAAAAGAUAAAAGGCUUGUUUGUUUAUAAUACAUGCACACAUUGCCACCAUAACUCUCAAACCUCUCCCCCUGCAAAAUGUGUGAACUGGAGAAGGUAGCUGUCAGAUUCUAAGUUUGUAUGGUCAGCAGCCAUGCUAGUAGCAUGGCAGUAGGUUUUAAGCAUUACCUUAUCUAAGCACUUAAGUCAGGUUCCACAGAGUCCUGCAACUGCUUCUCUGAGCCCAAGGAGACAGUAAGCUUUUUAUUUUACUUUUAUUUUUAACAGCAGCCCCCUUUCCUGCAGAGGAAAACUGCUUUUGAGAUUGAUGGGAUUUCUACUAAAUGAAAAAACCUAAAAAUCCCACUUGCUUGUCUGCAAUCCGUUGUGUGACCUGAAGCAACUCUUGGGAUCUGGACUUAGAUUGUAGCUAAGCCCUGCUAUUAUGUUAGCGAACUUCUUCUUUGCUGGUUAUGCUGUGGCCAGAUAAGCUUUGGGUAAGAGCCUAAGACUGAGUACUUCAUAUAAUUCCUUAAGUGUACUUGUGUAAGGGACUGCCCUCUCCCUGAAGAACUAUAAUAAAUUUUGCACACAUAUUCGUGCUUUGUUAUCUGGUGACAUCAGCAGUGAUUUUUGACAGGUUCAGCACAUGAGGUUUUAAAAUACAGUAUAAAAUUGCAGGCACUAAAGCCAGUAGGAUAGAUUUUUUUAAAACUCAGUUUUCAGUGUUUCCAUAUCAGCCUUCCUUUUGUGCUGACGUAUAUGCAGUUGCUGUUUUAGGCACAUAGAUAGUGGAAAUCUUGUAUUGCAUAUAACAGGGUCCAAAGCCAUUGUGUGUGUUGGUACUUCUAUACUGUCCACAUCACUGUUUUACAACUUGCAGCUUGUAUUUUAUUAAUGCAACAUUUUUCAAAGGUAUUUUUUUAUCAGUACCUGUGUAUUGCCAUUUGAUCAGUUCAUCAUGCUCAGUGCCACUGUUUAUGCAUUCUGUGAAGCUAAAGGGCACUGUGCUUCACAACUUUUAAGUGUGGGGUUCUUUUUAAUGUGAGCCAUCCUGAACAUUGCUUUUAUGGUGGAAAGGUGGUAUAUAGUCUUGAAUAACCGCCGCAACCCCAGAGUCGUUCGCGACUAGACUUAACUGUCAGGGGUCCCUUUACUUUUAACCUUCUAUGGAUAGUUUUUCUUUUUCUUGCAAGGAAUAUGCCAAUACAAUUUGAUAUUAUUUUAUUUACUGUCUUAUGUCAUGUUUGAAUUUGAAAUAUAUGAACCAAAAUUAAAGCUCCUAUUUGUUUGCUUGCUUGCUUGUUUUUACAAUCAGUUUCCAGGGCUGUUUCAUGAGACUUCCUAGUUACUUGACAACAUCAGUUCAUUUUUAGAUGGUUGCCUGUGAUAUUAAAAUACAUGACAUACUUGACAUACAUAGUUAGACUGGGGGUACCAACCAUCCCCACUCCCAAGAUGCUGUUUGACUCCUCAUUCCUAUCAGCCAGCAUGACAAAUAGCCAGGGUCGAGGAAUGUUGGGAGCUGCAGUUGAACAGCGCUUGGAAAGCACCAUAUUAGCUAUUUCUCAGCUAGACUCUAUACGUUAUAUAUUUAUGGGCAGUGAUACUUAAAUAAGAGUAUUCUGUAUUGCAGUAUUUAAAAUAUUGAGAUCCCGAGAUAACAAUGAUUGUCUUUAUGGGCUUAGCCCAUGCUUUCACAGUAGUACACUGUGCGGUAUUUUUGUAUCUAGGACACUAUUUUAUGCUUUGAAGGCUCACUUUCUAAUAUGGUAUAAUGACAUGGGAAGAUUAAAUUGAACCCUUUUCUGUCCCCAAAUUCUUUAGCUCUCACAGAAGUAUUUUCUUUCAUCUUAAGCAAAUACGUUUUCUCCAGGCUCUCCCGUAAUACAUGGUUUCAAAGACAAAUAAAAAUAUCACUACAAAUCUUCUCUUUCCACAAGCUGAAAGGGUUUUGUUGCCAUAAUUUGUCUUUGGUGUUUGACCAGCUUUUUCAUUUUUCAGCACCAGCAGACGUUUCUGAAUCAGCUAAGAGAGAUCACUGGCAUCAAUGACACCCAAGUACUGCAGCAAGCCUUGAAGGUAUGGUGGUUUUCAAAGAUGAUUCUGUGUUUAUAUCUGUCUGCAUCUAAAUAAGGUUCCUUCUGAUGGACAGAAAGUUUUUAAUAGGAUUACUUUAAAAUGAUUUAAGUGAGGAAUUCAGAUAACGUAAAGUAUGGCAAAGGCUGGUUUAAAAAACACCUUCCUUUUGUAUCUUUGUUUUUUUUUUUCUUUUCAUCUGGUGAAUGCCUAUAUGUACUAGACAUAUAGGCAUUCACCAGAUUUAGACUGCCUUAGUUUCAGCAAGGUGGUGGCCUUUUGUGCCAUCAGACCCCAUACCCUGGGGACUAGGAAGUAUAAGGGCCUUCCGAAAUGGUUUUUGUAAAUAAUGCUGCUGAUGAAAACAUGCCAGUAAAAUACUUUAUCUAAGAAAUACUGUGUAUGUGGAGCAUACCAUGCUGAAAACCUUUCUGACAUCUGUCUGAGAUGCUGACCUUUGACUCCAUGUUGCCGGUUUCCCAGUGCACAAUGCAAGCAAGAAAAGAUCUCUUUGGUUAAGGUUCAACCUGCACAAGACCUUGCCGUCUCUUGCUGUUCAGUUGGGAAAAGUAUAUUUUAUUACAGUCUCUACUGAACUUUAGAUCAGGAAAAAGGCGUGUCUCAGGACCACAUAGAUGGACACAAAAUCUUACCAGCUUUCUCUGUUCUGUUCAGCUUUUAUCAAUUGUAAGCUGUUUUACUCUUAGAUUUGCUACUUGAGAAUGUAUAUAACAGAAAAGUGGAUUCAUCUCAAAAUAUUGUAAGCCAAAUAUGUAAAAGAAAGUAUGGGCUUCUUUCAGAAAUAGCAAUUUUGUCGGACUUUUGGUUCUGCUAGUUCACCAAAUGCUUGUAGUAUGGCAUGUAUGCUUUGAGCUUUUGCCUUAGUGUUAUCAAAUUAUCCUCGGGGCUGGCAAAAUAUUUUUAAUUCCAAGUCAUCAGAAUAAAUUUUAAGCAACUGGUUUGUUGGAAGACGUGGGUGUGUGUCAACAUUCUUAGGCACCUGCAUCAGACGUCAUUGGAUGACUAGAAUUUUUCUACUCUGCUUAAAUGAUUGCUUAUUUCAACAAUUUUUUUAUUUUAAAUUCUUCUUUGAAUCAGCUUAGCCAAGGAACUAAACACUCUGAGUAUCAUCCAACAAGAAGUCAAGCACUUUUAAUUUCUGUUGGUUUUCCAGUCGUAGAGAGUUCUUUUGCUGAAACUAGUGGGACUGUACACAAAUCUAUCACCUUCUUUAGCGCGACUUAAUUUACAUGUAAAUAAUUUUAUGGUAAGUUUCUAAUCAUGAAAUUGUAUGCAUUGUGUGCAGGUGUAAAGUAAUUCGAGUUAGUCUUGGAAGCUGGCUCUGCCCUAAUUGGUUGGUUAUAAGAUGGCAUACCAAUAUGUUUAUUCUGUUACAUUUAAAGGAUAGCAAUGGGAAUUUGGAGUUAGCUGUUGCUUUCCUUACUGCAAAGAAUGCUAAGAUUCCUCAGCAGGAAGAGACAACGUACUAUCAAACAGCACUUUCUGGCAAUGACAGAUACAUCAGUGUAGGCAGCCAAGCAGAUACAAGUAAGUGGUUUUUUUCUGCGUUACUGAAGUACCAACCAAACUAAAUGCUUGGUCAGAAGACCUUGUUGUCACUCCAGUCUGAUAUUUUAUAUAAAGUGAUUCCUUUAUGCCUAUAGAUCUUGGAGGUUUUGGUUAAAGUGAUUUAUUUUUCAAGAAGUUUGUCUUUAUUGAAAACACAAUAAUAUAGUAAUAUAACAGAAAAUGAAAGGGAAACCACGAGGGUCCAUCUAGUGCACUUAGCUUUCACCAUUUGUGUCUGAAAAACAACAAUAAUAUCUGGUAAUUGCGAUUUUACUGCCCUGGAAAAUUGCUAUCUAUACCUCCAUCUGCGUACUUUUAGAAAUUCCUCCAAAUUGGUAAUUACUUCAAAAUAUGAAGCAAGAAAAUAAUACUCUGAUUAGUGAAGCUUAACAGUAAAAUAUCAAUCCAUAUCAAAAAAGCCAUGUGAUAACUAUUUGUGUUUGGAAUCCAUAUGUCCCAGUGCAAGCACAUUUAACUUGAGAAGUGUUACAGAAUCCCAGAAAACUCACAAUUUGGCCAAAUAACAGUGCAUAGAUUUGAAAUUAAAAGUUAAUAUAUUCUAUGAUUAACAAAAGUAUGUAGUGUUGAGUAAGACUAGCGUAACAGUAAAUAAGCCUGACCUGUAACAUUCAUAUUUAAUGCUAAGUAAACUUGAAGCACCUCACACUAUAGAUUUCUAAGCAUUACACCCAACCCUUUUGUUAAUCUAGACUUGCAUUUCAUUUAUGUGUUCUGUCAUGAUUGUGACAGGUAUGAGAACUCUGGAUGCUUCUUUUCCUACUAGUUGGCAGAAAAACUGGCUGUUCAGGAACAAGGAAAGGGAAAAGUGUAUAAGCUUUGGGAAGGCCAAUAGGGUUUGUCCUUGGCACAUUUUGAAGUUUCUCAAUGCUUAACAAUAGAUAGUGUUGUCUGAUUUGUAAUGAUAGCGUUCUUGUUAAAAUAAAGGAAAUGAAAGACUUAUUUCCUUGGAACACACCUAGGAGAGAAUCAGACAAGCUCCAAACAGUGUGAUGGCAGCUGCUUAAAGCUACCUUGUUUUCCAUCUCUAAAUACAUGAAGCAUUCUGUGUGGAAAGCUUAUGGUCUGCAGCAUCUAGUUUUUUUUAGCAACCUAACCAAUAGCACAUACUUUUUGAGCAGUUUCGUGGCAUGACACUGUUCAGAUCACCAGAACCUGCAGAUGACUGGCUUUCCUAUGUUAACUACCUUGACCUUUACUGACCACUGUAUAAUAUGAUCUGGUCAUACAUGCAUAUCCCAACUUAUUAGACCAAGAUAUGCAUGAGCUUUGCACCUGCACAUUACAUCCUGGUACCGUCCCCUUCCUUCCUUGAGUACUGCAGCUAAAGAGUUUAUAGGAUAAUAAGCUAAAGUUUCCCAUUAUAUCCAAACUAUAAAUCUAUAGUUACUAGGUUCUGAACAAGCCUGGUAGUUUGAAAUGAGUUUCAUGUAAUAAGCUGAGCUGCAGCCCAAAUUGGACUGAUUACCUGGCUAGAUUUUUUUUAUAUACCAUAUUUUUCGCUCUAUAAGACACACUUUUCCCUCCUAAAAAGUAAGGGGAAAUGUGUGUGCGUCUUAUGGAGCGAAUGCAGGCUCCAGUGCUUCAGCAAAAGCAACGCGAAGCCUCCAGAGGCUUCACGUUGCUUUCGCUGAAGCCAGGAGAGCAAGAGGGAUCGGUGCGCACCGAUCCCUCUUGCUCUCCUGGCUUCACUUCGCUGGAGAGGUGCUGUGCAGCUUUCCCUCUCUGCGCAGCGCCCUUUCAGUGAAGCGGGAGGAGAAAUGGAAGGGGCUCCGCUUCUCCUGACGCUUCGCUGAAGGGGCGCUGCACAGAGAGGCAGAGAAUAUUUUUUUUCUUGUUCUCCUCUAAAACUAGGUGCAUCUUAUGGUCGGGUGCGUAAAUGCGGUACAUGUCGGAAAUACUAUUUUAAUGGUUGUAUUGGUUGUAUUGGAUAAUCAUUUGAAGUUUCACAAGCCAUAGUUUAUGAAGUUGUGGCCACAUGCUCCUCCUCUGGUCCCCCCCCCCCCUUUUCCUUUCUUCCACUGUGUACUGGUUUUCCUUGUGGAGAUCAUGGCUUGGAUUGUCAGGGACAUUAAACCCAAAUUCCCCCAAGCCUGUACCAUUGUUCUGAAACUAGCACGAGAUAAAUUGAUGCUUUUCAUUCUGUUGCAUUUUUAAUUUUGAGAAAUGCAGUUUUGCAUUUCAGAUGUGAUUGAUCUCACAGGAGAUGAUAAAGAUGAUCUUCAGAGAGCAAUUGCUCUCAGUUUGGAGGAAUCAAACAGGGCAUUCAGGGAGACUGGCAUAACAGAUGAGGAACAGGCCAUUAGCAGGUAAGCAAAUAAGAAUCAAAUAUUGGUUUUCUUUAUGAAUGAUAGUUUCUUUGUUGCAGUGUGCUCUAGAUAUUAAAAAUCACUCUCCAUACGUGUGAAUUUGUUAGAGCUACCUAUUUUUGUAAUUCUUCAGAGAAGCGUUUGUGAAGGUGAAUUUGACAUUAAACUUUAUCUGAGAUAUUUCAGUAUUAAAAUUUAUUAUGGCUCUGUGUGUGACAGCCAUAUCCAGCAAUUGGCUGGCUGUCUAGAAACUGGUUGCUGCUGCAAGCUUCCACUUAAAGUAGAAUUACUGUCUUCAGAAUUAGUAUACCAUAGGCUCUGAGGCCCACUGAAAUGUGGAAUUAUUUAUAAUGCUUGUAAUAUAUUGAGGGGCACAAGCAAUGUAUCUUUCAAUCAGGGAUGCCUAACUUUUAACCUUCCAGUUAUUGCACCAUGCUGGCUGAUAAGAGUUAUAGUUAAGCAACAUCUGGAGAAUCGCAUGUCAGCCUCGUGCUUGGUUCUGUUUUCUUCCCCUUCCUCCAUACACUUCUGUGCCCUUAAAAGACAGACCCAUUCAGUCACUAAGACCUAAAAAUGCUCCAUAUUUUGCAUGGUUUCAUAUUGUGAUUAAAAUUGGAAUUGGACAAAUUCCAGCGCUAUCAAUGACCAAUACCUAAAUAACAUCUCCCGUGUUCAGAGGCAGUAUGCCACUGUGGACUAGUUGCUUGAGACAAAAGCAUGUAGGGGCUGCUGCCUUAAUUCCCUGCUGGCAGACCUUGAAGCAUCUGUUUUACUAUCAUGGGAAACAGGAUGCUGGAUUAGAUGAACAUCUGGUCUGGAUGUCAACAUCAAUUAGCCUUUGGUGCCUCUAAAGAAUAAAUAGCUAAAACAAAUAUAUAAACAUUGAAAUGAUGACAUUAAUAACAUUAAAACAUAUAAUAAAACAAUUCUAGUAGCCAAAUGCCAGUCAGGUAUCGGUCCUACAAAUUUGCAGAGUAUCAUUGUUGCUAUAUUGAACAACAAAGCAACGUGUGUGAAAUUUUCAUGUCUUUGAAUAUUAUAUGCACAAAGUUCCUGACAUGACUUUUGCCAUGAUGUGCAUGUUGGCUGCUUACGUUUGUUAUUUCUGGAUGUCCUUUGUAUCUUCGUUCCAAGUAAGUAGUAUUCAACUAGGACUUGCCUUGUCUUGGGAUUUUAAAGUAUGCUUCCUGAGUGCUCAUGUGUACCUCUUGGGAAUUCCAUUGUCUAUUUUCUUAAUGGACACUAGAUGGUAUUCUAGAGAAGAAGUAAGUUCUAUGAAAAGGAACGUAGGGUUUGGAAAAUUCAACUUGCAACUAUAAGUUAUGGUAAUCCUAUGGUAGGGAGCUAUGUGCUAGUUUUAAAGUCAAAGUAAACCAGGUUGUCACCAUCACAUUUUAUAGUUUUAUUUAUUUUAUAAAAUAUAUAUGCCACUUGUAUGUAAAAACGAAAAAAUCCUCACAGCAGUUUACAAAGCAGUGGUGGUAUCUCCUUAUAACAUGUUAACACAAUUUUCCUUCAUGAUUCUUUAUUAGAGAAGGUUUAAUUCAAGCUUUAUAACAUGGAGAUUGGUCUAAAUAUUGUAGAAAUACAAUGUUUUGGUUCAAAUAAAAAAUUGUUUUUUAAGUAUACUUGAAUACUUUCAUUUUUCAAAAAAGAGAGGCGGUAGUUGUAUUAAGCCUAUAUGCCACUAGAUAGCAACUUUAACAAGAAAGUCUUAUUGCAGUUUAAAGGCCAACAAAUUUAUUAUUUCAUAAGGGCCUCAUUCACCCUUGGCUAACCUUCCAGGGGCCACUUGAUAGCAGUGGGUGUGGCCAGCCCACAUUCUUGCACACAGAACACAUGCAUGCAGAUCAGAUGAUGUAUAGAAAUUUAAUUAAUAAUAAAUAAAUAAAUAAAAUUGCUCAAUAUAAGCCCAGUUGCAUAAUCAUUACUUGUUGGAAAAAUCUGUACUGAUGUAUCCUAAGUUUCUGAGCUGUUGUGUUUCCCGUAAUGACAUGAUCUUGAUAUAUUGUUGCUUACUUUCCAUUUUCUCAUUAUUUCCAUUGAUUUCUAAGAGUUUUAGAAGCCAGCAUAGCAGAAAACAAAGCAAGUUUGAAAAGGACACAUCCGGAAGUGUGGAGUGACUCUCCGAAUCCGUAUGAUAGAAAACGUCAGGAUAAUUGCCCGGUGGGAUUGAAAAACGUUGGCAAUACAUGCUGGUUCAGUGCAGUUAUACAGGUAGAAGAUUUAUACACUUAAGUAAAAAAUUGAACCAUGGUAUGUACUCAGCACCUAUAUAUACCGGAGAUACAAGUAACUCAUUUAACACACAAAGAACAUGCUGUGCAGGAACAUAAGACGAAGCAGCAGAAAAUGUUCAGUAUUAUCUACACUUAACAAAAUCAAUUUGUCAUUAGAAUUGCCACUAGAGUAUGGGAUUUAUGCUAAAGAAAUCUUGGCUGUUAAGAAGAUAAACAUGCAAUAAUAAUGAUGAUGAUGAUGAUUAAUAAUAAUAAUAAUAAUACCCCGUCUAUCUGGCUGGGUUUCCUUAGCCUCUCUGGACGGCUUACAGCGUAUAUAAAACCAUAAUAAAACAUCGAGCAUUAAAAUGAGUAAGUCAGUGAAUUAGUUUGGCUUCAUCCAAACUGUGGCUUGACUUAGUUGCUUUGUGAAACGCAUGUGGCACUCCUGUAUAGACACUAGGAAGGCCCCUGGAACAAUACAAGUUUUAUGACACACAGCAUGGAGCCAAAGCUGCAGGUUCGAUCCCUGUAAGGGACAGCUGCAUUUUCCUGCAUUGCAGGGGGUUGAACUAGAUGAUCCUCAGGGUCCUUUCCAAUUCUACAAUUCCAUGAAACACUGUGAUAAAACCACAGUGUGUGCUGGAGUAUGUCCUUCUAGACAUUUGGGUGAUCCUUUUUGCCUUUAUGUAGUCCUUUUCUUCUCCUCUGUGAUGGUGUUAUGCCAAUCAAAUAGAGAAGGACGAAUGAACUUUUCAAAUCCUAGUUUUCCCUCCUGCUUACAAUAGACCACAUUUCCAGUAGUUAUGCAUGUCCAAGUAGUGGAAAUUUAAUCUCGUCAAGAGGCUUGAAAACUGACCUUAGUCUUGUGAUCUCAUAUUAAUGCCACCCAUAUGCAACUUUAUACCUCUUAGUCAUAUUAUAUUGGCUGCUAUCUACCACAUACAUGGUACAAAUUUGAAAUAAAAUGAUUGCCUUAAAAUUGCUAUCAAAAUGCUAGGUUUGAUACAUUACAAUUUUGUAGUGACAGAAAUACAGAUUCUUAAGUUUAUCUGUUUUGUUUGACAACCAGAUCAGAUUAUGUUUCAAGUUACCAUCCUCGUUGACUUCAUGUGGGAUAAAUUUGGACAUUACCUACUACAGUAUUUAUUUAACCACAGGAUUGAUAGGCUCCUUAGAUUGCAUCCACUGUGGGGCAAUAUUUCAUGCUUUCCCUAGGGGUCUUUUGAAAUCUGACACAUUUUCAUAAGAGGUCAACAAUGUGUAAUGUUGCUUUCAUUAAUCAAUGACGUGCUGUGUGGUAUAGUACUACGGUGAAACGAAAACAAAUCUUACGCUGCUGUUGCAAAUUUCCCUUUCAAAACUAGUCCUAAUGAAAGUUUAGCUAUAUUGAUGUUAUCUUUUUAUGGAUCAUUUCUUUGGUUUCUACCAAUUGCAUCUUAAGCCAAAAGUUUGUUUUUGUUCCGUCAGUAUCAUCUGCCAGAAAAGGAAAGUUGUUUUGAACAUUCUGUUAGAGCGUGUGGUAACACAAAUCUCUGUGUGGAUACAAUAUUUUCUGGAAACUUAUAUGCAACUUCCAUGCAUGCUAGCUUCAGCACUGAAGGUGAUUUUUAAAAUAUAUUUCAGCAGUGCAUCUAUAAUGAGCAAUACUAAAUAUGAAGACCCCAAGACCCCCACUCAAAGCCAUAACAAAAUCUGCUUCUUAAAGUUUGUAGAAUAUAACAUCUAUAUCCCGAGAUUUAUUUAGCCUUUUACUUUUUCUAGUACUUACCUUUCAUCCUUUUUUUGUUCUGCAUAGUUCUAAAAUCAAUAACAGUAACAUUUCUUCAGUUAACAGCAUAAACGUCUUCAUUAAUCAGAAGAUAAAAAUAUCUGGCAUGAAUCUCCUUGGUUCUUUUCUAAUCAUUUGCCACCCUUUUAAGCAGUGCAUAGGCUCCCAUGAAGCUCUCCCACCGUCUCAGCUGUAACAUAUUGUAGAGUGUGCUUUUUGUGUGGUGUGUGCUCUUCCCUUUAAUGCCAUACUUUUUGUGAAAGCUAAGUAUGAUUCAGCCAGCAGCAGUAGUAUUGAUGCCAAAUGUUACAUUGCCAUUUACUCUUUUGUGUGUGGCAUCCCUGAAUCCAUUAUAACCCCCCAAACAAGGAAGAAGCAUGAGCAGCUUAGGCCUUUUUUCACCUUGCUUCUUCAGUAGUAUCUAAAAUGCUAUUUGUAGAAUUGACCCAAAUCGAGAUUCAGGAACCAUUUGGGUCUCAGCCAGUCAGUCCAGCACUCUGUGCAAUGGUAGAAGGUGCAAGAGGGAGAACUGCAAGAGUUUGUAACAUUUGAAGUGGCCCUGAGUAUUGCUGCCACUUAAUUCAGAUGCCUUUAAGGCUGCUGUCCUUUGCACAGUUACCCAAGAGUGAGUGCACUUGGGCAUAGCGUGAUUUGGUUCUUGGUAAACUUGCAGGUGUUUGAGUUGUAUGUCUAACUUCUUUAAAUUACUUUCCUGCCCCCCCCAUAAUGGACCCCCCCCCCCCCCCCGCUCUGAGCUACAACUGGUGUGUUGCUAGGAAGCUGCUAUUAGUUAAGGUUUUUAUGUAUAGCUUGUUACCAUGGCACUUGAUGUCAGUGUAGACUUGGCAGAAAGCAGUAAUCUCAAACCAGAACAGUGAGACAAUUUGAAAUUAGUUUUGAAAAGCUGGGAGCUUGUAUAAAUGUGUUCAGAAAAAAAAGGAACAAUACUUAAGGUUUGAUAUGUUAAAUAUUCUGAAGAGCUUGGUCAUAUGGGAAUUGUUAAGCAUAGUACAUGACCAGAGGGUAUGUUGAAGCUGCAUUUGGAGUGCCCUCCAACUGUCUUUUAAAAUAUGAGUAGGAUUCCUCCUCCUCAUGUCCACAGCUGUACUCCAACAGGAUGAGACAGGAUCUCUUAACUGGACAAGUCAAAAUCUACUGUUGGUUAACUCUUGUCAGCAACCUGCACAUUCUGAUACUGGCUAUCUUACAGUUCCCGGAGAAAGCAUGUAUUGUUUAUACAGUACAAUGAACCAUUUACAUUCCACAUUUUGAAUACCUUCAACCAUUCCUUUUAAGAGAAAAAAACUCUCUGAAAAUACAGUUAAAGAAAAGUGAUUUCUCCACAAAGCUUUUCAGAAUAAAGCAAAAAGCAUACAAGGCACUCCAUAUGGGCUACAACCCACAAACCAGUUCCGUACUUCUGCUGUAUUUUUAAGUAUGUUAAAGUGUAAAUACCAAACACAUUAAAUGAUCUGCAAUUUUAAAAGGUUAUAUAAAAUGCCUUUUCUUUUUCAGUCGUUAUUUAAUCUGCUGGAAUUCCGAAGGCUAGUCUUGAAUUAUAGUCCUCCUGCCGGCGCUCAAGAUCUGCCCCGAAACCAAAAGGUAUAAGUAGAAAUAUACAUUACCAAUAGACUAACAUAAUGCUUUUCCUAAUGCAGAAUACCCCACUGUGUUUUGCCCUAGUUUGGGAAAAUUCAGAUGUGGUAUUGAAAGAAUGGUGUGGAAAGGGUCAUAUUCAGCAGCGUACAACAUGAGCACCAAGGUUCUGCUGCAGCCAAUGGAAACUAUUAUUUAUUAGUUUUCUUACCUGCCCUUAACUGUGAGACCUCAGUGUGGUUUACAACAAUUCAAAAAUGCAUUACUGAAAUCAGUUAAAACAAAUUACAGCCAUGAGAAUAUGGUGGGACCUAAUCUAUAAUUAUCUUGGUUGUCAAAGGCCAGCAUAAAGGAGUACAUGUUCAGUUUACAACAAAGACAGCAUAAUGAAGAUGCCUGAUGCACAUCUGUGGGGAGGGACUGCCAUAGAGAAUGUCCUCUCCCAGGUUGCCACCUCCUGAUCUUCUUAGAACUACACCCUGCCAAUCUUAAUGCCCAAGAGGUCUGUAGGGAAGGAGGCAGGGGUGUGUGUGUUUUUUAGUACAUUCUAAGGCCUGCAGAGAGGCAUCUAAGUUCUUGAUAAUGCUGCAGACUUUCAGCAAAGCGCAUUUUACUUUGCAUUUAAAGGCAAGCAAGUAAAACUAGCUUUGGACACCAGCUGCAGAUAAUAGAAUUGAGCUUCAGGGGUUGAGAGAAGUCUUCAUUUUCAUUUCCAUCUCUUCUGGUGACUUGUGGUGACAUGCUGUGCAGAUCACUGGUGACAUUUCCAGGGCUUCAAGAUAUCAAUAUCUGUGUAACUAUUACCUAUUUAAUGCAUGGGAAUAGUGGGAUGGUUAAAGGGAAGAUAGGGAUUUGCCCUAUGGCAGAGGACUAGAAUUUAUCAUUUGACACUAGUAUAACUGAUUCCUUGGUUUAUCUAGGCCAUUAGUCCCCUUUCUGUGGAAUGGAAUUGAGGCAGGGAAAUAAGAAGUAUUUUUCCUGUCUUAAAACGGUACAACUGUCAUUGGAUUUUUGGUAGUAGUAGUAGUCAUUCAUUGAGCUGUUUUCCCCCCAGACUGUAUGUUUAGUUGUUUUUUGAGAGACAAGGUUAUGAUUGCUAUUGCAGAAAAGCAUUCUUGGUAGUUUAUUUACGCAGCAGUAAUUUAGAAAUUAUAAUGUGGCAAUAUGAAGUAUAAAAAAACCAACCUCAUAACUGUUUGUUUAUUUUGUACACAGGAAAAUAGAAAUUUGCCUUUUAUGCGUGAGCUAAGAUACUUAUUUGCACUUCUUUUUGGCUCAAAAAGAAAAUAUGUUGAUCCAUCAAGAGCUGUGGAAAUCCUGAAAGAUGCAUUCAAAUCUAAUGACUCUCAGCAGGUAAUGUUAAUACUCUAUCUUAUUUUGAAUAGAAAUAACCAUAUAAAUUAUAGUUGAACCAAGCAUACAAACAUGGCAUUGCAAUUUCUGCUACUUCACCAUGAGACAAACCACACUUAGCUGCUGUGAUCAGAUAUUAUGCAGUAUUCUGAUAAUUGCACGGUCUUUGCACCUAUUAAUACAUCCUGGACUCCAUAUACACUUUUUAAUUUUAUUUCAAUUUUAUGUUCUGGGUUUUCAAAUAGUAAGCAUAACAUUUUAAAACCGAGUAACAUUUUCUUACUUGAUGCACAUCUGUACCAAGGAUAGAAGUUCAGUUAUUCAACUGCUGAAGUCCCUCAUUUAUAUAAAUUGGUAUUUAUCUUGGCUUAUGUUAGAAUAAUGGAAUCUCUAGGAAAUAGGUAACAGAAACCAUCUUGCCAUGCUAAAAGUGCAUCUGAAGGACUGGCACUGUGUUUGCUAUUCACUGAAGCUGCUAUGGUUUCACUCUUAAUAGACACAGCCCUACAGAAGAUUGAGAAGUCAAUAACGGUUGCAGCAGGCUAUUAUUUCUGCCUACAGAGCUAAAUUUGUAAAGCAAAAUAUCAGUUUGCAAUAUAGUAGUGGAAUUGAAUCUGAUUCUUCAGGCUAUAUUCAACCAAACCUACUCAGAGUAGACCCAUUGAAAUGAAUGAACCUAAGUUUGCAAUUUCCAUUAACUUAAAUGGGCAUACUCUGAGUAGGACUGUUCUAUUUAUAUAUUCAUUUAUUUCAGAAAAUGUAUGUAUAGCUUGAUUUGUAAAAAUAAUCUCAUGCUGAUUGCUACCCUUUACAGUUCAUUUAUUUAUUUAAUAAAAUAUUACAUACCACUUGAUUGUAAAUCGCAGCAGUUUACCAAAAAAAUAUAUUUUUUAAAAAAAUCAAUAAGCUGUUGAAAAGUAAGUUAGUAUGGGAAAAUGCCAAUUACUUUAAUAUGGCUUAGUAGCCAAAAGCCCUUUGUAAGGUAUUUGGACCCACCCCUGUCCUGUGUUUGCACAGCAGUUCACACAAUGCAGUGAGCUUCCCAUUAUAUCAGCCAUAGGAGAAUUAAUAUCUACAAGUAUCAUAGCUGAUGGAUAGAAUAUUUUCUUGACUAGUAGAUUUGAAUGUGCAUUUGUUUACUCUCUCAACAGCAAGAUGUCAGUGAAUUCACACACAAGUUAUUAGACUGGUUAGAGGAUGCCUUCCAAAUAAAAGCUGAAGAGGAACAGUAAGUAGUCAUUUUAAGAAACCAGCAGUGUCUUCUGAUUUCCUGUAGGACAAGUUUUGUUCCUUGGAGUAGAAGGACUUUGCUCAAAAAUUCACCCUCGGGAAUCUAAAUGUGCUUCUCAUUUAUUCUUAGAAAAAUAAAUAAAAAUCAUUUCCAGUAGUGGCAAUACUGAUUAAAUAUGAUUACAGUAGCCAUCUAAUAUCAAAUGAGAGAGAGAGAAGAGGGCAAUCAAAGAUGACAUCACCUAUUUUCUUUUUGCCCCCUCCCCACAAGUCAGCCAUGUGAAGAACUGCCCUGUGACAGAGCUGGGGGUAGAGGAAGGAAAUGGGGAAAGAACCAUCACCCACCAGCCCCUGGGUCAGCUUGGCAUUGUCCCUUGUUCUGCUUCCCUGUGUUUACAGGAACUGUGCAUCCUCCAUGUGUACAUUUUGGCUUUUUGCUUGCUUUAAGUGCAAUAUCUAUAGUGAAGCUGUUGUAAUUUGUUAAUAUCAGCCACUAUGUGGACUCUGCUUGAAAAAUCAGGAUACACAUCAAAUAAAUUAAUAACAAUAAAUUUUGUAAAAAAACACACACCUCACAUUCUCCUGGUUCUUUUAAAAGCAUAUGGGUCAAUAAAAUAGGGUCAAUAAAAUAAGUGUUGGCUCUGUUGAAUGCAGACUUUUUAUAUUUUCUUGAAGCAGAUUACACUUGUAAUUCCUGUGUGUGUGUUUUUUUUUUAAUCAUUGUAUUUUUAGGGAUGGAGAAAAGCCAAAGAACCCGAUGGUAGAGCUGUUUUAUGGGCGGUUUCUAGCAGUUGGAGUUCUUGAAGGUACUGCUCUUGAGUGGGAACAGUCUUAAGUUAUCUUCUCUCUAAUCAAAAUGUUACUGAUGAACGAAAAUAGUGCAUACAAGUCUCUCUGUGUGUAGAAGCAGUGAAGUGAAAAUCUUGGGAAAACGUUCUAAAUACUCCAGAUAAUGGUGUGUAAGUGCAGCAGAAUUUUGUUUGGCAGAAUCUAGUGGAAACUAAAAGCUAAAAGGUGGUACAUCUGUUUACAAGGCAUCAAGCUUAGUAUCAGUGCUGGGUAGUUUUGCCAACAUUCUCCCAUACCUCCAGAGCUACCCUUGCCACUUGAGAUCAUUGGGGAAGUCCUCCCAUAUAUGGGGCUUCAUGAUGUAACAAUAGUGGGCUGCUGUGGGUGGGGGACUGGAGUCGGGGAGAAGAGGAAGAGGAAAUUGGCCUGCUCAGCCCUAACCACUUGGAGUAAGUAACCUGGAAAAGGUGGGAAGUGGUUAGGCUUGAGGGGAGGUGUGCUGUAAGGCUUAAAUGUGCUGCUCCUCUCUGUACAGUAUCGGGGUGUUUUAGGGGGAUGAAAAGGAGAAAGGACACCUACUUGCUUUUCCACUUUCCAUAGCACAACCUCCUGCUGCAUAGCUCACAGCAGACAUUUCACAUAGCAUGCAGAUAAGUGAGUUAGUUUUAUAAUCAGCUUUAUCUAAGAGCUGCUAUGAAAUUAAAUGCAUCUUCAUAGUGUAUUUGAUGAUAAAUGUUCGUUGUUGAAAUCUUAACUCCUCCCUCUUCUGAUAAGGGAAGAAAUUUGAAAAUACAGAGAUGUUUGGCCAGUACCCACUUCAGGUUAAUGGCUUCAAAGAUCUACACGAGUGCCUAGAAGCUGCCAUGAUAGAAGGGGAAAUUGAAUCCUUGCACUCAGAAAAUUCUGGGAAGUCCGGCCAGGAGGUGAGUGAUAUGCUUAGACUUCUAGAGACAUUGGUAACCGUUUCCAUGAAGCUGACCUAGUUGAAAAUAUAGAUGGCACAAAUGCAAGUCAUUUUGGCAGGUCAUUUAUUUACGCUGAUAAGACUUGCCCACUUUCAUCUCAGAUAUUUUUUGAUAACCACCAGUUCGGAAAAUAUUUAGACAUGGUAGCUCAAGAGAGGAAACGUGUAGCUGGAAACAUUUGAAUUAUUUCAAUAAAUGAGUUGAUCUAAAAUUACAUUCCAACUGGUUCUACGGUUUAUCUUUUGCCACAGAACUGGAAAGGUGAUCUGGAUUUAGAUUAUGCUUGCUCUUGGCAACCCAGUAAACUUUAUGCUUGAGUGAUUCAUUGCAUCAGACUAUGUCAAUUAAAUUAUGCAAUACAUCUCCUAUCUAGGAGGAAGGAAAUACAGCUUAUUCUUUACUAUGGACUUAGAGUGUCAUCUUCAGGUGGUGGUUCUUACACCACAAAAAUUCCAUAUUGCCCUGGUAGAAAUAUGAGAGUAAAUAUUUCUGGUGUGUAACAGGAUCUUCCACUUGUCAACAGUAUGAGAAAACAGGACUGGAUCGUUGGCUAUCUAGGGGUGUUCAUACAUUUAUGCCUUGCAGAUGGUGGAUUUAUGUCCUGUUAAUAUAUGGGCCUAAACAUUCUAAAAUUUUAGAAUUUGUGUCAAAUUGACAGCAAGGCAGAGUUUGGGUAAAGAUUUCACUACUUUGCAUGUAUUCAGAUGAAGAAACAUCUCUUGCACUUGACUUUUAAGUUUUAGAAGAUACAAUUCUUUGCUACAAAACCAAAUUCUGGCAUUUAAAAAUGGAACGGAGAAAACUUCCACUUUUAAUGAAGGAAGCUAAAAACAUAAUAAUUGUAUCUUCUCACUCAACCUUGUAUUUAUAAAGCUUUCCUACUUGGAGAAGAUGUGAGAAUCAGUUUUAUAAAAUGAGUUUUCCUUGUGAAUAGGAGGUUAUUUCUCAGGUAUGUCUAGAAAUCUUUCCAGAACUAUUGGGCUUUCUUUGUAGAUAACAUCAUUUUGUGUUUUUCAUAUUUUUUUUAUUUUUUGUCCUGAUCUUCUCUAAGGUUCUAGGAUAACAUCUUUCCCAAAGAGUUUCUCAAUGCAAAGUUCAGCCUAGUGAGUUGGAAUAAAGAGAACAGAUCUGUUCAUUUUCUAGAAAAGCAGACACUACAAAAUUAUAUGCAUCUGACACAUUUUGAUUAUUAUAUGCCAAGGUCAGUAGUUUGGAUUAAAUACAUGAAUACAGCAAAGAUAGUGUACAAUGCUUUUCCAAAUUUUCAUAUAGGAAAAUAAGCUAUUUUUGGAUUUUAAUCAACUUAAUUUUUUGCACUACAUCUCAGUUCACAGAAUUAUCAGUGGUAGUAAAUAAACUUUAAAAAGAAAGUAAUUAUGAUGUUGGAAUACAUUGCUGUACAGUUACCAGUUGCCAGCAAAUACAAGAUGCCAUCAGAUUUUAAAUUAAAGGAAAACAUUUAAUUAAAUGUGAAUGUAGUGAUCACACUAUUAUAGUGCUUAUAAAGUGAGCCCUAAAAAAUUUCUUAGCUUGAAGGAGGCGAGAAAGAAAGAGACUAUUUUAGAAGAAAGCCUAACAGCAGCGUGUUUGUCUCAGUGGUUGAUGUAGUGGAUACACAAGCCUUAAUGUAACUCAACUUGUGUGGUUUCAAUUUCUAUAGAUCUUUAUGAUCUCCCAGAACUGCCUUGUUUUCAGCAUAUGCUGAACAGACCUCUUGGCAUUAUACUGGAACCUGAUAAUAUAUAUUCCUUGUUUGACCUAAAGUAAAUAUUUUAUUUAUUUUUUAGAUAUACAACUGUAAAAGAUGCACCAUGGAAAGUUUACUUUGAUUUAUUCCCUAAAAUACCCCCCCCCACUUUAAUAAUUCGAGUCGAAAGGCAUAUUCCUUAACUCUUUUUUGUGUUUUGUUUUUUCCUCAGCACUGGUUUACUGAACUUCCUCCUGUCUUAACCUUUGAGCUUUCAAGAUUUGAAUUCAACCAGGCUUUGGGAAGACCAGAGAAGAUACACAACAAAUUAGAAUUCCCUCAAGUUCUAUACCUAGACAGGUACAGAAGCUUAUGUAAUAGUAUAUUGCAAAAGAUAACGGACAAUAAUUAUAAUGUGUAGAUAGUAGCAGCCAAUUAUCUGACAUGUUAACUUUUUAGUUUCUACCCAAUGAAAAGUUUUUACAGCUCCCCGUAGGAAAUGAUAGAAGUCAAUCCUAUGCAUGUUUUGUCAGAACUAAAUCCUGUUGUGACCAGUGGAGCUUCCUGCGGAUAAUUGUCCAUAGGGUUACACUGUAUAUGUGAACCAAAGCCACUGCUUUGAGACUUUGUAAUUCCAGGAGUUGAAUAUAUUCAAUGAAUAAGGCUGAAUAUCAGCUAUAUAAUAAAAUGCACUUCCAGAAUCAGUGAGGUGAAAACAUUUAUAUUGUUUUCUUUUCCCGAGUGUGAGCUUUAACUCAUAUUUUGUUCUCAAAUAUGGCAUUUAAUGUUUUUAUAACAGGUUUUUUUAUGGCAGUAAUAUAUUUCUUCAUCUACAAAUAGAUGAAUAUUGUAAAUAUGUUGCCAUUAAUACAAAGAUGUUCAUCCUACGUCUGCUGUGGCUUCUAAUUACAUUGCUUGCACUGUUCAUAGACUUGAAUUCAUAAAACUUUCUGAUUCACUUCAGCGCAAGCUGUGUGCCUCAGGGGAACAAAUAGAUUCAAGGUACAGGAAGCUGGUGCUCAAGAUGGAGGCUGGUGAUACCAAAUUGUGGCAUCUGGCUUACCUAACAAGACUUAGCUACACUCAGGGUGAGCCUCAGGGCAAGACUCAGCGUCACACAAGCAGACACAGUGGGACUUCCCCUUCCUUUCUACCCCCUUUAGACCUUGCCUUCCCCAAAUCUUCCCUAGAGGGUUGGGACAUUCCAGAAAAUAAUUGCGAAGGGUAUCAGAGAAUGGGGAGAGACAGGGAAAGACCCAUUAUGUCCACUGACCUCGAGGCUCACCCAGAAUAUGCACGUCAUGAAAUAGUUGUGAUAUCUUCUUCAGAUAAGGUAUAGUAGAUGAUGACAGGUGGAUGAUGGUUCUGACUCUAUUGUCUACUCUGCAUCUCUCUACACUUGGUAGAAUUAAGCAGUAUCGUUAGCUAUCUUGAAACUUCAGGAUAAAAUAGAACGGUAGGUCAUAGCACAAUUCUCUGCAAUAGGUGCUUGGAAAUAAGCCACAAUGAGUACAAUAAGAUUUACUCCCAGGUCAGUGUGAAUAGGAUUGUGGCUUGUGGUAACAUUCCUAAUGCCAGGGGAAGGAGGGAGCUUCCUAAAGUUUUUAAAAAUUCACUUUCCAAUAACAGUUCUAGACAAUUAAGUUGGAAUCUGACAAUGGAAAAUAGUUUAGAAAUAUAUACUGUAUCUGUAUGUGUACAUAACUUUUUUUCAUGAUCAGUAGCCAGUUGAUGUAUUUACCUGUUAUUCAGGCAACAAGAAAACAGUAUUGAAUAUCUUUCUAUGAAAGUCUGUAAUAUCAAAAUAUUGUUAAAUUAUUACAAGAAAGUGUUCAGAUGCUAUGUGCUCCUGUUACUGAAAUGUUGACAGAUAUACCUCUGUUGACAGAUAUAUGCACAAAAACAGAGAAAUUACACGAAUAAAGCGGGAAGAAAUAAAAAGACUUAAAGAAUACCUCACAAUAUUGCAGCAGAGACUAGAACGGUAAUAUGUUUUUUAAAAUUCUGAUAUUGAUAGUCAUGAUAAAUUUCUGAUCUACAAAUUGGAACCUGUUUUGCCCUUAUAUUAUUAUUUCCCCAGAAUUUCUUUCAUUUUGCCUUUAUUUUAUUCUACUUUUUUCUAGAGUCAUAAGAAAUAGGUAAAGUGGUCUUUUAUUGAAAUUGGUUUUUCCCCAUAGUGGUGAAACCACAGGAAACUGUGUUAUACCAAGUCAGAUAACUGUCCAAUCUGUCUCAACAUUCUAUAGGAUGCAUAGGUAUUUGUGUGCACUGACUUCCAAGUGGUCCAGGCCUAUUGCAACCAUGGUAGACAGAAGAGUUUGCUGGCAUAAAAAUCAGCCAGAAUUACUCUCAAAACACUAUAUACACUUGGUGGCCGGCCAGCACACAAUCACCCAAAUUAGACCCUUGCAAGGCAGAGAGCCUAAAAGCUCUUUUCGCACCAGGGUUUUCCCUCACAGAAAGAGCUUUGAACCUCUCCAUCCGCAAGGUCCACUUGGCCCACCUGCUCCAGAAAGGUAGUAAUAGUCACAAAAGGGCGAUUCUGGGGUCAUUCUAGGUAUAUGCAAGUUCAGCUUUAUGCACAGUGUGCAGAACCUAACCCUGUGCAAGCUGCAAGUCAUCCAUAGCAGAUGAAAUAACUUAAAACUCUUUCCUACAGUUACACUGUAAAUGUAGAAUAUGAAGCAUGUGUUUUGGAGAUAUUUGAGCAUGUAAUGAGGGUAUUAAUAUGUUUUGGCAGAUAUUUAAGCUACGGUUCCGGUCCUAAGAGAUUUCCCCUGGUAGAUGUCCUACAGUAUGCUCUGGAGUUUGCAUCAAGUAAGCCAGUUUGUACGUCUCCUAUUGAGGAUCUUAAUACUAGUGCUCUCCCUAGUGGUACUUUGUCGACACAGGCAAUACCAAGGUAAAAAAUGCAUCACAUGUGUUCAGUCUUUCUAAUUAUGAUUUGCUUAGCUGAAGUUAAUUAAUCAAUUAAUGACCAAAUAAUUAUUUUUUAAAAAUACUUGAAAUUAUUUAUUUAUGCUUCUGCAUUUAAUUUUUACCUCUCUGUCAUGAAACCCAUGUAGUUCCCAUGCAGUCACCUGUCCAGGCACUGACCAGACCCAAACCUGCUUAGUUUUUCUAGGUAAUGCUGACUGCAUGUACCUUUAGACCUUGUAUGGAGCCAUUUGGGAAAAUACUCCAUGGUUUGCACAGCUUUGUAUCACAAAGCCAUGUGAGAUACCUAGAAUCUCACUUUAAGCAACUUAAUUGUGUACAAAUGAGGUGGUUUUACACUGAUUUUGUUAUUUGCCUUAUAUCUUUUCUUAAAUGCUAUUUAAGAAAAAUGUAUUUAUUAACAUGUAUUCCAGAAAAUAGUUCAUUAGUGAAAAAUAAAAGACAUUGGCACAAUCGAUGAGACAUGAGGUUUGAUAUCAAAAGCUCUGAAGACUAGGAGGGGUCCCAAGUCCCGCAUACUACUUACUCUAGAGGAGUUGAUGUCAGAGGUGGUAGUCUGAUUUAUAGGCAUAAUUGGGGGUACGGGAGAACAAAAUGUAUAAGUUCUUGUGUUCAUACCCCCAAAUUUUCUGUCAGAUUUCAGACAUUGUGUUCUGCGAGGGACAUCUUUUAAAGAUGGCUUGGAACAGCAUUAAUUUCAGAAUCCAGAGGCCUUUUUGUCAGUGUGUAGUAUCUUUUGAGAGAAUAUAUUGAUUCAGUUGCUUAGAUUGAAUGUUUCAUCUUUUCAACAAAUGUAGCACAACAGAACAACAGGGGCCUUCUACAGAUACACAAAGCACAUCGCCUGCACAGCGGUCGGUAAUACACAAGCCAUUCACACAAUCUCGGAUUCCACCAGACCUGCCAAUGCACCCAGCACCAAGACACAUCACUGAAGAGGAGCUUUCAGUCCUUGAGGGAUGUUUACAUCGUUGGAGGACAGAAGUAGAAAAUGACACUAGAGGUACUGGCUGGGAGGUUUGGCCAAGGCCAAGAGAUUGCCAUCGUCUUCACUCUUUUCUGGAGCUUAGAUGAUGCCUUAUCCAAAGCACUUGUUUUAGAGAAGCUCAGGUUGGCAGGCCGGAGCCAUUGCUCUCCCCGGUCUAGCUUAGAGCAUGACAGGGGCUUGAGCUUAAGCCCCAUAGUCUAGUUGAUGCUCAGUAUUAUAUUGAAUGUGACAUUCUACUCCUCCCGUCUCUGAAAAGGGAUGGAGUUGGCAAGUGUCAUUUGGGUUGCUUGCCAAGGCAGACAAAAUUUGCUGGCAGUGGCUGUAACAUCCAGCAAUUUUUUUCUUCUUCUUCUGACUUGGUACUUGGCAAAGUAUAGGUAGUUUUGAUUACAUGGAGGCAGUUUUUAUGUUUAAGCUAUGCAGUCUGUCCUGCACAAUUGGGGAAGGCAAGCAGUCAGUAAAUGGUUGCCAGGUAAACCACUGUCCAUCUAAGUCUUAAGGGUGAUCUGUAAAGUUCUAACCAGUAGAUCUCAUUUUUAUAUAUGGGAUGUUUGACAUUGUUGGCAGAUUUGGGCAAAGCUCUCGAGGGAGAGAAUAUAUUUCAUGGUCAGUACCAGAAUGAAUUAAAAUUUCUUUUAAAAUGCAGGAGGAAGUGAUGAUUCAUAAUUAUUUGGCAUGAAAAUGCUUCUCUGGGCCUCCUAUGGAAGAAAGGAUGGAAAAUUAAUCUUAGUAGUAGUAGUAGUAGUAGCCAGUAGUGGAAUAAUUGUGUUUAUCUGUAGAAAUGUGAAUUUUAAUAUUGGAGGGAAUGACUUCAUUUUCCUUUCAUCUUAGAUUUGCAGGAAAGCAUAGCUAGAAUACAGCGGACAAUUGAGUUAAUGUACACUGACAAAUCAAUGGUGCAGGUAAGUAUCAUUUCCAUAUGAAAGAGAAUCUAUUACCAUAAUAUAGCAAUAAUACUGACCAAUUGUGUAUUUUAUGAGAGUUUACUUCUGGUUCUCAUCUACCAUUGCACUAUAUAACAUCUUGGAGGUCCCGGGCGUCAAGGAGGUUAGACUGGCCUUGACUAGAGCCAGGCUUCUCUGGCCCUGGCCCCAGUCUGGUAGAAUGCUCUGCCGCAAGAGACCAGGGCCCUGAAGGACUUCACAUCUUUCCACGGGGCCUGCAAGAUGGAGCUGUUCCACCAGGCUUUGGUCGGGGCUCAGUCUGACCCCUCUCCUUUUACAAGACCCUGCAUAUAAGUGGCCUCUCUAACUCUUCUCACCGGCUCAUACAAAUAGCUGAGCCUGGUGAGUACUUAAGGUUCCCAACCCCUAUAGUUAUAGUUAUAAUUUGCGUGUAGCCAUCUGAUCUUUUUUGAUUUUAAUCUGAUUUUAAGCUGUAUUUCAGUCGAUUGCUGAAUUUUAUGUUAAUGUAUUAUAUAUAUAUAUUCAUGUUAGCCGCCCUGAGCCUGGUUCUGGCUGGAGAGGGCGGGAUAGAAAUAAUUUCUUCUUCUUCUUCUUCUUCUUCUUCUUCUUCUUCUUCUUCUUCUUCUUCGUUUUUUCUAAGGUUUUUCCAACUUCUGCAGGACCUACUCUCUUAUGAUCGGUUAACAUGAAAAGUUGUAUACAUAAGCCUGAGACAUGAAACUUUUCUCUGUUGAGCAUGCAGCCUGUAUGCUGGAGCCAUGUGUAAACUGGUGUAGCCAGUGAAGAUGCAUUGAACAGGAACUGUAUUUCACACAGCCCUUUUGCUUUGUAGUCUAAAUUGCUUCUUCACCCUUGUUUUAGGUAGAUCACAACAGUUGUCUUGAAGCGGAAGAUCAGCAAUCUGUUUCAGUUCCUUUGAAUCACUGUCAUGCCCAUUCUUUUUCUUUAGUUUCCCCUUGAAAUUGGCUAUUUUAGAUACAGAAAGCAUAACAGACAGAACUUGAGACCUAUGAAGCUUGCAGUUUGUGGAGGUGGGGAGCAAGUUGAUGCAUUCACACAUUUUAGUUGACCCAUGUUAAACUUAUUUUCAGUUGAGCGUAACUGCAGCUCAAACUUGAACAACUUGCUUUCCUGUAACAUACAUUAUCAUUUGUGUACUCAAAUCCUAUGCAUACUUAAGAGAACUACUUGAGUAGCUGUGAAUGUGGAAAUGUUUCUGCUAAAUUGUGACAAAGUUCAGAAUGACAGUGGAAGAAACUAGCCACUCGUAUUUCCUUUAAUCCAGAGCAGGUAGAAGUGAGCAGGUAAAGCUGGAUGCCAAGUACUUUAUGGAAUUGAUGAGAAGAAACAAUUUUUACACGAGCUUUCUUUUUCUGUUUGAUAAGCCUCUGAUUAAAUCUUUAUUCCUGUCUGUUUUUUAUUCUUCAUCCUUUUUGCUAAUUAUUGUGACCUAACUUCCCGUUGAUUUUAUUUUACUUAGGUUCCGUAUCGGUUACAUGCAGUAUUAGUUCAUGAAGGACAGGCUAAUGCAGGACACUACUGGGCAUAUAUCUAUGAUAGUUACCAAAGGAGGUGGAUGAAGUACAAUGAUAUUUCUGUUACAAAGUCUACUUGGGAAGAGCUUGAACGUGACUCAUUUGGUGGAUACCGGAACGCAAGUGCUUACUGCUUAAUGUAUAUCAAUGAUAAAGAACCAUUUUUGAUACAAGGUAAUAUUACGGUGAUAUGAAAAGCAGAAUUUGAGUUGAAUAUAUUUAAUGUCUCAGUGACUUUAGUUGUUCCUUACACCCAAGGAGGUGUGACACCCACAAGGCACUCUGCUUUGCAAAUUGGACACAUACAUGUAAUUAGUUGGCUGGGUUGGAAUUUCGUUCUUGAGUUUUAACAGGCCUACUAUAAAGUAAAUACCAAAGGAAGUGGCAAGGGAUUUUUAGUGGUGGAUGAGGAGGGAUGUUGGAAACUUCCCACGUCCAUCUGCAAUUCUCUUCCCCUUUCCCACCACUUUUAUCCACCUGACUGGCAAAUAAACCUAAGAACUAUCAGCUGGGAUAAAAGUAGCUAGAGAAAUCAGGUUGCAAAGGAAAAGGUGAAGGCGGGGGGCACAGGGAACAGGACUGCAGUAGGAAGCUUAAGUACCCCAUUUCCCUCCAGAUGGUUUUUUCCUCUUGCUGUUUUACAUGCCAGUAAAUACAGGGUUGGAUCUCUCAUCUAACUAAUAGCGUGAUAAUAAAUGAUAGCACAGUUGCAUUGCUGUAAAAGGUACAAUGAUGCAACUUUUUAGUGCCCUCCCCCAAUUUUUAAACAAAGAGCUAAAACUUAGUUUACUAAAGAUCCUGAGCUAACUCCUUUGUGAAACUGAUUGAAAUACUUGGUUUUAAAUGUUUUGUAAAAUAAUUUGUGCACGCUUUCAUGGUUUUAUUUGAUGCAUGAAACACAUCAUAUGCUGUUACAGAGGAAUUCAACAAGGAAACAGGGCUUAUGGUUGUUGGAAUGGAAACGUUACCUCCUGAUCUAAGAGAUUAUGUCAAAGAAGACAAUAAGCGUUUUGAAAAAGAGCUGGAAGAUUGGGAUGCACAGAUUGCUCUGAAAGCACAACAGGACAAAACAUUAACAUCCCCAACACCCGGGGUGCCUAUGCCUUCCACUACCCCAGGUCAGUAAAGAAAGCAGCUUCUGUAAGGCUUUCUCUUCUGUUAGGGGGUUAAAUUGUUGAUUAUUCAAGACCUGCAAAGGGACUACAGCUCAUAAGCAACCAGCAGCUCCCCAAACCUGUAGAUGGAAGGAAAGCAGGCACAUCAGUUGGACCACGAGCAAACAGACAAAUGUAGAUAAAGGCAUUUAAUUAUUUAGCAAGAAAAAUUAACAAACACCCUUCUCACACACCUUAAAGAGCUUAAAAACCUCUCACAAGGUUGGUAAAUUUAAAAGCUAAUUUAAGUGUACACUUCCCUUUCUCCUCCCAGCAAGUAGAAUCAGAGAAUGAGAGCAUACAUAAACCUGUUAAAAAAAGAAUGUCCAGUACAAGAGUCCUAAACAGUUCUAGAAGUGUACCCAGUUAUCACAACGUAUUGCUGCUGUUUAUCGCUUCUUUUCAGUAGCUGCUUAAGCUUCUGAUGUGAGAGGUAAACAUCAUGCUGAUAACAUUAAUGUAGGAUAUCAUUCCUUUUUGUUUUUGUCAAGUUUGCAAUACAGUUAAUCAUACAGUUAGUAUUGACCCAUUGAAAGCAGUAAAUUUAACCUAAUCAGAAAAGAGAGCCAGUAUGGUGUAGUGGUUAAGAGCGGUAGUCUUGUAAUCUGGGGAACCGGGUUCGCGACUCCGCUCCUCCACAUGCAGCUGCUGGGUGACCUUGGGCCAGUCACACUUCUCUGAAGUCUCUCAGCCCCACUCACCUCACAGAGUGUUUGUUGUGGGGGAGGAAGGGAAAGGAGAAUGUUAGCCGCUUUGAGACUCCUUAAAAGGGAGUGAAAGGCGGGAUAUCAAAUCCAAACUCCUCCUCUUCUUCUUCUUAAGUAACAUUGUACCUAAUUGUAACAUUGUACCUAAUUGUAACAUUGUACCUAAUUGUAACAUUGUAACGUUGUGAUAUAUUGUGCAUGUAUUUAUAACAUAAAAUAUUUACCUUCCCCACCCGCUUCCCGCUUCAAGGAGAAGAACCUGAAUAUUUGGAACAACCCUCAAGGACUGAUGUCUCAAAGCAAUUGAAAGAGGAUUCUGUACGAGCAAUCACAAAAGCAUUCACUGAACAAGAGGAGAAGAAUCCUGAAGCUAUUCUGCAUUUGGUAAGGAAAUGCAAAAUAUCUUCCUCCUUUAUAUGCAAAAGAUUUAUCAUAUUUAUACCUGACUUUGGUAAACUGCUUAGCGCUUUUAUUUACAAUCAAGUAAAUAAAUUGUUUGUCUAACAAUUAGGAUUUAGCUAAAGGUCUUUGUGUUCACUUUUCUGUCUGAAAAGUUUCAGUGUUGUGAUACAUUGUGCAUACUACACAAUGGGGUCCAUCCCUUGUAUGUUCUGUGUUGAAAGAGUGUGCCAUUUCAGGAGAUGAGUGCUUUAUCUACAGAAGCCUAUGCAAACUACUAUUCCAGAAGGUAAGGUCAUGAUAUCAGGGGAAACUGUUACGCAUUAAUAACUUUAAGUGUCAUCAAAAUAUUUCUUCCACUUUCUGGAAAAACAAGAAAUUGCCUUAUGUAUCCAAGUUUCACCCUAAUUUCAUUUGACUUGCAGUAUAAUUCAUUACUUUUUAAGAGAACACUUUCUUGCUUAGCAGUAAACCAAUUAUUUCACUGUUACUCUUUUCAUGCUCUCAUACUUAAUUGUAUUUACAAUUUACUGAGGCCAUAGCAAUUUACAAUUUCUUAUGAUCAAGAACAUGGGUAGGCAAACUAAGGCCUGGGGGCCGGAUCCAGCCAUGGCCUUCUAAAUCCGGCCCACGGAUGGUCCGAGAAUCAGUGUGUUUUUACAUGAAUAGAAUGUGUCCUUUUAUUUAAAAUGCAUCUCUGGGUUAUUUGUGGGGCAUAGGAAUCCGUUCAUUUUUUUCUUUUCAAAAUAUAGUCCACUCCCCCCCCCACAAGGUCUGAGGGACAGUGGACUGGCCCCCUGCUGAAAAAGUUUGCUGACCCCUGAUCAAGAAGCUUCUAAGACAGUGAAAAAAUACUGUUGUUUCGACUGACAAAUUUCCGACAUUUUCCCAGUCAAGCAUCCGCCUCUGAACAUCCAUUUAAAAUGAUAUCUCCAGUCCAAAAGGAAUGUCAUUUUGAUGUUUCAGAACUUAAGAGGCGGCCGUUUUAACUUACGGUACAGCAAUCUAAGGUCAAUCUUGACAGCUCCUGCAGCCUCGCUGCUUGCUACAUUAUACACCAAGGCAACUUGUUUUUAAUAAGUAUAUGCUUGUCCUGCUACAGACCGUGAGUGACUUGAAACGUAAAUGUUUUUAUGCAGACAUGAAUUUAGCGUUUGGAGAAAAUGUGUGUAGCUGUUUGUAAAGUGCAGCCUGCAUUCAUUUUGCUACAAAUAGGCAUCCAGAGAUAAACACGCUUGUUGCGCUUCACAAGUGACAGUUGUGUAUACUUUUUUAUGCCCUCGCCCCUCAUUUGAAGGCUACCUUUGUAAUAAGAAAAACAGUGUAUAAUCAAACUGUUUAAACUUCCUACAUGGAUUGGGUAUUAAUCCCUGGGCUAUAAUUCAGUUUAGAUUUUAGAUUUUGUUCCACGAACUCAGUGGGAAUUUAAUUGUUCAAAGUUUAUGGGAAAUAGAAUAAGAUGCAAUAUGUCCAUAUAGGGAAAUCGGGCCCAAAUCUUCAUGCAUCUUUUGUUGCCAGCUUACAGCUUGAAUUGGGGCUUUCUCACCAUUCUCUUUGAAUUGGGUGUGGCUGUGCAGGUGCUAAACCAGCGCUUGGAGACAGUAAUGGGCUGGAUGAGAGCCAUUAAACUGUGAUUGAAUCCCUACAAAAUGAAGGCACAGUUAGGGGCAGUUCCCAUGUCUGGGAAGUGGGGAGAUAUCGUGAAUCCAGUACAGCACCCCAUUUAUGGAACUCCUUACCUCUGGAGAUAUGAUAAGUGUCAACAGUUGAUCAGUUUCAGUGCACUCUUAAAACACACCUGUUUCCCAGAUCCUUUAAGACACCCUGAAACCCUUUCACCCAAUAAUUCCUAUUUUUUACGCUUACAUGGUGUUUGACUUGUUUUCUCCUAGGCUAUAUUUUGUAUUCUGCUGACAGUUGUGUAUUAUGUGGGUUUUAAUUACAAUUGUUAAAUUGCUUUUGCUGUAUGUUUUGCUGUGUAAAACACUCUAGGGAUUUUAUGAAAAGCAGUAUAUAAAUGAAUUUUUUUUUUUUUAUAAAUUACCUCACCUGAUCGUUUCCAGGCUAAGAAGAGAGAAAGCAUUGAAAUCUAAAGUUACUGAAUAAUAAGGCUGUCCAUGUAAAUGAGUAUAAAGUAUAUGUAACCUACUGUUGGCCUUAACUUUUAGUUUUAAACUGUUUACUUGCAAUUAUAACAGCAGCGAUUUAAAAAAAUAUUUAUAUAUUUAAAAAGGAAUGUAAGAUUUUGCUAGUGUUCUCAGAGCAAUCUAAAGCCUGUCAUGUUUUCAUUUCCCCCCUCACAGAAUCAAUCUAAAGCCUGUCAUGUUUUCAUUUCCCCCCUCACAGAAUUCUGAUAGUGCCCCAGAUCCAACAGCUUCUAAACAGAAAGUUGUAGAGCUGGCGAUUCCUGAUGUAGGGACUUAUGUGAAUGAGUCAGAGGAGGGAGGUUAUGAUGAUGAGGUACCACCUUCACCGUAAUCACAUAUUUCUGCACCUUUCAUGUGCUGCAGACAGCUGCCUGAUGAGUGGUCUUUGGCAUGCUUGCACAUGGUUGCACUUACCUAAACACUUACCCUAGUCCCAGCUGAUUUUACUGCAAUUUGUCAAAUCAUGAAGAACUGAUAGAUGCUGCUUCUCUCUUGUUUUUGCAUGGUGUGAAAUAGAUAAAUUUGAUGAAGAUUGUUUGUUCUGAGCGUUUUCAAGCAUCAUGUUUAGAUUCUAGUAACUGAAGACUAAGCAAGUAAUUUUGGUGGCAGACCUGUGGCCCUCCAGAUGUCACAAGACUACAUCUCUCAUCCCCAAUCAUGGACCAUGCUGGCUGGGGAUGAUGGGAGUUGGAGUCCAGCCACAUCCAGUGGGCCACAGGUUAGCCACCACUGUUUAGAUUUUUAUAAAAGGGAUGCCCUGAUUGGAAGCGCCCUAUGAGUUUGAGCUGCUCUUACUAUGAAUAAUCUAUUGGGAAUUUACUUAGCGCUGUGCACAUGUUAAAAGCAAUACAGUUGCUGCUUGCGGGCCUACAAUCUAAAAGACAUGGCACAAAGGAAAAGGAGAUGGGGAGGAAAGCAAGUGGAUUCAGGUCCCAGUUCUUAUGCAGUUUUUUUAAUGAGCAGCUGAAAUGGAAAGAGUUUAGGGAGAGAAACUAAACUGGGAGCUGGUCUCGGCAGAGCUGAUGGAGUAGCCCUGCUGUUCCCAUUGAAAGGCCUAGAAACCAGUACUCACUGUUUUAUAUGCCACAGUUUAAAUGAUGGGGAUAUUUAGUGACAGCUUCAACUAACAUGACCCCAGUGCACCAGUGCACAUAAGCACCAGGCAAGAAUAGACCCUGGAAGGAGGCAACCACAUUCUGGGCCACCGCCACCUGGGUUGUUGUUUUUUGCCUUUUGGAUCCAUAGGGCUACUAGUCAACAGGGUGGCAAGUAGUCCUUUUAGAUCCAAAGAUUAUAGCGGAAGUUCUCUGAUGUGAUGUGAUGCCCACAUAGGUAUGUGUUUUCAGAGUGCAGUCUUCCCUUUAAUGUAACUGGGCCCAGUGUAGAGUGUGUGGAUUCAAAUGUGGAUCCCUAUACACAUCGACUAUGUGAACUGCAUUACUUGCAGAAGAACAUCUAAAUGCAUGUUCCAUUAAAAACUAUGUAGUGUAGUCUCAAAUCCACAUUUGGAUCCACAUCCCUGUCUAAAAAAUUGGCAAGCCUACACAUGCCUAUGUUUGAGUGAUUAGCAUUCUUAAAUAAAGUCUCAGUGGGAGCAAUGUAUAUGUAUAUAUUAUACAUACAUACACACAGGGAGAAACAAUGGGGUAGAUGGGCGCCUUUAUGUCUUACUAGUGGACUCGUGGACUUCCUGGAAAUAACUGGCUUCCUUGUGUUGGAGACUAGAUUCUGAACUAGGUAGCUCUGAUCCAGGGGAUUUUUGCUGUGUUUUUAUGAUAGACUUUCGCCCAGUUAAAAAAACUUAGUUGAUGAGUCACAUGGAUUUUAAUUCAUCAAUCAUAAAUUAGAAAAUGAAUAAACAAAGGGAAAAAGCACCCAUUAUUUUUAAGAUAGCAUGUGUUACAGCAGGUUGCAACAUCAUUUAAUGUUCAAAUAUUGCAACCUGAGAACAUGGAGCUGAAACUUGAUAUUAUUGUGAAUAUAUAUUUGGGCAAAGUUGUAUGUGAUUUCUACUGUAUAAUUGCCAAUAAUAAAAAUUAAUAUGUGAAAUAUCAAUAGUCCUUGACGUAGAAAUAACAGUGGGGAAGAGAGCAGUAUUAAACAUAUAUAGCACCCUUUGCUUAUAGUCUGCUGCUUUAGCAUAGGGCCUGAAGUCUCUUUAGAAAAGACUUCCAAGUGCCACCCCCCUCCAGGAAUACAGCACAUUGGCCCCACUAAGGCAGCCAUGCAGAUAAUACAGAUCCCUUCCAAAUCCACAUGCCUGACUGAAAUGAUUGCAAUACUGGUUUGACUUGAAAAAAAUAACUUGUGACAUACAGUGAUCUUUGCAUGAAAUACGUGUGCUCAUGCCUUGGAAGCACGAAUAGGUGGGUCACUUGAUAAAUCUGUAACAAAGGACAGUGUUUUCUUUCCAUUCAUCUGUGAAAAUGUGGAUUUGCAAAAAUAACGUCUUCUCCCCCCUUCCCUUCUUGACUUCAAGCCUCUGCUGUUGCAGUCCCUUUCAUGAAUGGAAAGAAAUCCUGCUGUUGGCAUUAUGUAUUCCCAGUUUGAAAAUGUGAAUGAUUUUAGAGGGAUUUCCCAUUUUGCUUCUAUCCGAUUCUUCUAAUACCCAUGUUCUGACUUCGCCUUUAGUUCUAUAAUGGAAGGCAUGCGUAUUAAAAAAUCUAUCUGCACAAAUAAGAAUUAAUUUUAUAUUAAUUUUACAGCAAAAGAAACCCUCCCUUAGCAACUACAAUGCAACACAGACUACAGCCAUGUCUUAUAAUGCAUAAAAAAUUAGAGAGACUCUAGAUUAUCAUAUACAAUAAAAGAAAAAUAGCACAAUAUCAUAAAUCAAACCAUCCAAAAGAUUUUAUGUGCUGUAGGAAGUCUGCUGUUCAUAUGCAUGGUAAAACAGUACAAUUCUGCCAUAAAUUCGUCUGUGGCAUUUUUCUUUUGUUUUUUACCCCUUGCCAUUUUAGCUUAUCUGUAAGUUUUUCAUUUAAAGCAAUCUGCCACACCUUUUGGUAUCAUGCUGUCAGAAUUGCAAAAUCUUGCAAUUCCCAACCUGGCCACUACCAGUAAAUACCCAAUUCAUGGUUUUCACGAAAUAAGUUCAAAUUCAGGGCUGGCUCACUUGUCUUUUUUAGGCAUUGGACGCUAAUUUCAUAGAUCUUUGCAAAGAUGGAAUGCCAAAAUACAGAGACUUUGUUGCAUUCCCACCUUAGGAAAGCUCCCUUAACUUUGUGUCCCUUCCAGUACCAUAUAUAAGAAUUAUGUCAUUAUGUUUAACUGAAAAUAGACUGCUUUGUACCUUACUGGAGAAGCUAUAAUCUCUUACAUUAACUCAGUCUGCUAAAACUCAUCUUCAAGAGACUAAGUCUGCAUGUACAUGAAGCUUUGAACUCUUUUUUCCUCUUAAAUGCCUUAAGUAUUUCUUAUUAAUCUAGCGUUACUAGUUAUAUAUUUACUACCUUGGAAAUGGACAAGAAUGUUAUGAAUGCCACAAAUACAACGCUGAAAUGCUUGCCAUUGCAAUGGGUGCAUGCAGUUGCAUGAGUAUGUAAAGGCACAUACUGAGUUGCGUUGUUGACACUUUUCUUCAUUCAAAAUAUAAAUGUUAAAUCUCCUAUAACAGGUCAUGCUGACCCCGAACAUGCAAGGUAUUAUCAUGGCUAUAGGUAAAGCCACGAAUGUUUAUGACAGGUGUGGGCCAGAAGCAGGGUUCUUUAAGGUACACCUAAUACUUUCAACUUUCCUUUUUUCUUACUGUCUUUGUACUUGAAUUCUAAUUAAAAGUUGUCCUUUUCCUGGAGUUUUCCUUUAUUUCUACAUUUAAUUGUGUUCUCUCGAAAGAAAAAGCUAAGAAUUAACACAGCACCAUCCAAGGAAUUUUUAAUAAUAAAUUUAAUCAAUAAAGCUCAUACCAGUGCUACAGUUGGCAACACCUACUUAAGGAAUAUCUUCAGUAGACUUUGCUCCAGUUUUGUGCACAUAUUAAGAUUUAUUACUUAAGUGCUGUUUAUUUCAGUUGGUAUUUUAAAAGUAAAAGUAGGCUUGGUGGUUGCCAUACUAGUCUAGUAACCUCUUUGCAAGGAAUAAUGCAUAGUUAGCACAUCAGUGCUACCUUAACCAUAUGAAACAAUUACAGCAACUAAGUUAUACUGUUCCUAACAGGGCAUGGCCAUAUUUCAUGCUCCCUCCUCCCUUUUGAAGAAGACAUACUGAUAUAAAUAUUGUUCCUGAUCCUCAUAUUUUCUUUCUAGACAACACCAUGCUUUACUGACAAAUGGGUCAAGGAUCUAAACUUUAUUGCUUGGAGGCAGGUCAUGAUUUUCUUGUCAUGUAUUGGUAGAUUGCCACCUUUCCUGAUGUCAGGGGAAAGUAAUGGUCUGUAUUUUGUUACUUAAGACAUGCAAUAAUUAAAGGGGAAGGACAACUAACUAAUAGAAGUUGGCCAUAUCAUUGCAAAGUCAGUAUUUUUGUCCUAUGACUUGUCAGAAUUUAAAUUGCAUUUGUUUUUUUAAGGAACCAAGAUCCCAGGAAUGAUCUUAAGUACAUUCCAAGAUAAGUUAACUUAAGGAAGUUGUUCAUAAAUGGAAAGCUUCCUGACUGAUGCCUGUGAACUCAAAAAGCUUCUUUGGAAGGUUUGAGUAGGAUUCUGGAACAGUGUGAAAUCAGACAUGGAGAGCUGCUAGAAGAGAGGAGAAACUUCUUCCACAACCUUGCAAAAUUUAACACCCUAGAAUCCAAUCCAUGCACUUUGUUUUAGAGAUGCUCUACCAUAGAAGCUAGGGACGUGGGUGGCGCUGUGGUUUCAACCACAGAGCCUAGGGCUUGCCGAUCAGAAGGUCGGCAGUUUGAAUCUCCACGAUGCAGUGAGCUCCCGUUGCUCGGUCCCUGCUCCUGCCAACCUAGCGGUUUGAAAGCACAUCAAAAUGCAAGUAGAUAAAUAGGUACUGCUCUGGCAGGAAGGUAAAUGGCGUUUCCGUGCGCUGCUCUGGUUCACCAGAAGCGGCUUUGUCAUGCUGGCCACAUAACCCGGAAGCUCUCUGCAGCAAACGCCAGCUCCCUUGGCCAGUAAAGUGAGAUGAGCGCCGCAACCCCAGAGUCCUCUGCUACUGGACUUAAUUGUCAGGGGUCAUUUUACCUUCACCUUUACCAUAGAAGCUACAAAGUAGAGCACACUUCCCAAACCUUGUGCUCACCAUAUGUUUUGGGCUACAAGUCUGAUCAGCUGUGGUAGUUGUAGUACAAAACUAUCUGGGGGCACUGCAUUGGAGAAGGCUAAAAAGUCAGUGAACAGCCUCAAUUUAAAUCGCUUUCUCUUUUGUAUGUAUCCUAUAUUUAUACUAAGUUCUGGCUCAAAUUUGACCUAAAGUAUAUUAAAGGAGAUGCACUAAACAUUGCACACUUGCUGUUGAAAUACAGCUGUAAGAUGAAAAUAUAGCUUAGAGGAAGAUAGUAUUUUUCCAUAUUGCCUUUUCUCUGCUGUGUUUUCAAUAAGAUGUUGCUUACCUUGCUUGGAUUCAAAGUCUCUAUCUGCUGGCCUAAUAGAUGUGUGUAUAUAUUUUGUGUUUAUACUUUCAAAAAUCAUGUUAUAUAUAAGUAUCUCAAAGCUACCUAUAAUGUUCCAUUCACUUUUGAAAUCUUUUAAAGGCGAGAACUAAUACUUGUUUUGACAGUGUGCUUUUAUUACAAGAAAUAAAUUGCAUGUGGAUUUCAGAAGUUACUUUAUUCCAUUAAUAAGGACUUUCGCUUGCUGUUGUAUCUGUUUGGUUCUCCCAUGUGGUAGCUUGUGAAAGAGAUAUUUUAGAUGGAGCAGUGUGAUGAGUAAACAGUGUCAGUCAGAUAAACUGCAUACUUUGUUAUUGCAGUAGCAUUCUGAAUUCUAUGGAUCACGUGUCUAAGAAAAUAUAGAAAUUGUGAUAUGCCCUGUAUAUAAGCAGUAGUCUUCAAAAGAAUUAUUUUGAAGGAUUCAAUAUAUUUUAAAAUAUUGCAAAUGUAUGACAUUAUUAUGGGACGCAGGUGGUGCUGUGAGUUAAACCACAGAGCCUAGGAAUUGCCAACCAGAAGGUCGGCGGUUCAAAUCCCCGUGACGGAGUGAGCUCUCGUUGCUCAGUCCCUGCUCCUGCCAACCUAGCAGUUCGAAAGCACGAAGUGCAAGUAGAGAAAUAGGUACCGCUCCGGCAGGAUGGUAAACGGCGUUUCCGUGCGCUGCUCUGGUUCGCCAGAAGUGGCUUAGUCAUGCUGGCCACAUGACCUGGAAGCUGUCUGUGGACAAAAGCCGACUCCCUCGGCCAGUAAAGCGAGAUGAGCGCCGCAACCCCAGAGUCGGUCACGACUGCACCUAAUGGUCAGGAGUCCCUUUACCCUUUACCUUUAUGACAUUAUCAUCAAAGUGCUCUUGAAUGCUUUCUGCUCAGAGUUAAUACUGUCAUUGCCCAUUCUCACACUGAGAGUUGGGAUUUGUUAAAUACCAUGAAAAUGGAGCCUUGUGCUAAUGUAUAACUAGAGAGUGAGUUUUGUUGUUGAUGGCUAAUACAAGGAGGGUGGGGAAAUAGCAUGUAUCCUAAGUCAGGCCUAUUUAUUUUGAAUGGGUCUACUUCAAGUAGCAUUAAGUUCGAUAGAGCCCUUUCGUUUGAUGUCUUGCCACUUAAAAUAUUUUCUGUUUUCCUUUAGAAGCUGAACGUUUGCUUUAUACUUACUACUGCAGCACUUUUGCCAUAUUGCUGAAACGAUGUUUUAAGGUUUUAUUUUUGUCUUCAUCCAGGAUAGUUUAGUCAUUGGAAAAGAGAAUCAUGGCUUUGGAAUUAAAUAUUCCUGUUUCUUAUUAGUGAUGCCGAUACUUAAAUUGAUAUGUAAUAGAGCUUUUAACGUAGUUUACAUUUUUCAUUUAAAAAAACCUGUCCUGUUAAAAAUGGCUGUCAUUUUUAUUUUAUUUUUAAUGUUUAGGCAAUAAAAUUGGAAUAUGCACGAUUACUCAAACUUGCCCAACAAGAAACGUCACCUGAGUGUGAUUACCGUUUGCAUCAUGCAAUUGUAUACUUCAUCCAAAACCAGGCUCCAAACAAAAUAAUUGAGAGAACGUUGCUGGAACAGUUUGCAGAUCACAAUUUGAGUUUUGAUGAAAGGUAAUGUAUGCAUGUGUGUCUGGUCCAACAUACUUCAAGCAAAGCUUCUGUAGAAUGUUAGUUUGUUUUUUGUUUUUAAAAGGAAAUAAGGUAUAAAUUAUUUAGCUUUCCUUCUGCACAUGCAGUUAAGCAGAAUGAGAGUUUUUCAAAAAGAAACCUCCCAGUUCUAUGAGAAAACACUAGAUAUGUAGCAAAAGUGUUAUAGCUCCACCUUGUGACACUUAAAGAUAGUUGCUGGCAUACACUUCAGCCAAACACGUCUGCACUGUAAUCAACAGAAGAAACCAGAGAAAAGUACAUGCUGUAUAUGUGAUAAUUUAAAUUCAUUCUAAGGCUGGCUUUGUCUAGUACAGCAAGUAACACUGCAACAUGAAGGCUCCUAAAAUGAGAGAUUCAGACAAACUGAAGAAUUUAAAAAGUGCAAAAAAAAAAAUGAAACCAAAGAUGAGUCCCCCUGUGACCCUGCCAUUUUUGUAGCAGUACUUUCAGGCAAUGCAUUAGACUACAGUGGUACCUCGGGUUACAUACGCUUCAGGUUACAGACUCUGCUAACCCAGAAAUAGUACCUCGGGUUAAGAACUUUGCUUCAGGAUGAGAACAGAAAUCGUGCUCCGGUGGCGCAGCAGCAGCAGGAGGCCCCAUUAGCUAAAGUGGUUCUUCAGGUUAAGAACAGUUUCAGACCAGGUUUCAGACCAGUUUAAGAACAGGUUAAGAACGGACCUCCGGAAUGAAUUAAGUACUUAACCCGAGGUACCACUGUAGUUCAUAAAGCCAAGCCAUCUAAAAUAAAUCAGCCAGUCCUAAUUGAAGUCACAGAAAUAAUAUCUAGUCAUUCAGUAGGUCUCAAACCUGAGAAGACAUGCAAGAUCCAGGUUAAGAUACUAUCUUCCAAGGAAGCCUGCUCUGAAGAAGGAAGAGAAGUGCUAUGCCUAUUUAAUUCUUUAAAAAAUGGCAGUCUUACCGAACCUCCCAUCUUUCUGCCCAGUCUGCACGAACACAGGAACAGUCCCAAUUCGCUUUGCAACUGAUACAAGGGGAUGUUUUGCAACACAUGCUCACAUGCACCACAUGCACCCGAACCCUGAGAGGGCAGGCCCUCGUGAAGUAGGUGUCUGGAGAGCGGCAGUUUCCUCUUUUUGUCUAGAACAAAAGGUCACAUUCCUGCUCUGAAAUGGCUGCAAAGCAGGAUUUAGAAAGUGAGUAACAACCUUUUCCUUUUUAAAGGUGCCGUAACAUAAUGAAAGUGGCCCGAGCCAAAAUUGAAAUGAUAAAGCCAGAUGAAGUAAAAAUGGAAGAUUAUGAGGUUAGUAUUGUCAGAAACAUUUCCUCUUACUCAUCCUAAGGUAAAAUGAAUUUGUGUGUGUGUUAAUGUAAGUCCUGAAAAAGUCCUGAAAAAGGUGACAAGUAUUGAGCUCAAAAGCUGAGAAUUUUCAGGGAAGUGUGUCCUUCACGUUUGGAUUUUAAAUGGACUUGCAAGCAGUUUUCAUGUAAUAGACAGUGACUGCGCAGAAAUGGUGGGGGGUGGGGAAUCAGAAAAUUAGUCAGCGGACAGAGUGUAUUGUUCUUAAUGACAUGUUGAAUCUCCAUAUCCAGAGUUACUCAAGAUUUUCUCAUUGGCAUGGCCAUCUAAAGGAGGCAAAAAAAUAUUUUGAACUCAUAGUUUGACAGGACUGAAAUUGGAUGUUUAGUAUUUCAUCAUUAAAAAAACUUACGUACACAUUUAUUUAUUUUUACAUGCAGUGGUGGCACCAAGAGUACAGAAACUUCAGAGAUACAACUGUGUACCUCAUGGUGGGAUUGGAAUGUUUCCAGAACAAGAAGUAAGGGAAUCUACCUCUUAAAAUCUACAAAGAACUGCAGUGCAUUUGCAAUUGAAUGGUUAUAUAGGCACCAUAUGUGAUAAAUGAUACAAAUGUGUAAGGAUGACUGGGCAUGGAAAUUCUUUUUUUGGUUGUGCAAUCUGUACAAUCUGGCCCCCUCCCCAAAAUAUUGUUACUGACAUUAAAGUAUCUAUCUGUAACCCUUAAGGUCCUUAAGGUAUUGUGGUCCUGAGCCUUUAAGGCUUUAUAGGUCAAAACCAGCAUUUUGAAUUGGGCCCAGAAGUGCAGCCAGGCCAGGAUUGGUGUUAUAUAUACUUGAACCAUCUUGCUCCAGUGAGCAACCAGGUCUACACUAGAUUUGAAUUUUUAUUUUUAUUUGAGACUCUAUUCUUAAGCUGCUUUGAGAGCCUCUUGGCUCUCACAUAAAGCAAGAUAUAAAUAUUAUAAAUGCAUAUGCAUUCCACAAUUAGCAGAAUUGUCUUCAUGGAGGCAUUUCCAUAACAGGAAUAAAUUGUUUCUAUAUUAAGCUGGUUUAUCUGUGGCGUAGCGGUUACUGCCAUAACAGUAUUGGGCUGGCCUCACUAAAUAUUUUCUUGCAUUGUAGGCAAUCUAAAUAUUUGGUGUUUGAGACAGGAUUUGAUACAAUAUGUUUUUGAAUUUAGAUACAAUAUUGUAUGCCAUUAAGAGACCAUUUCAAGAAUCUCAUUAAAAUGCCUUUCUAGUACUUUUUUUUAAAAAAAAUAAAAUUCAUUUUUAUUGUAGUUUUAAGAAUGCCUUGCUGUACCUUCUCUGUGCUUACCAUAAGAACAAAGAACUUUUAGCAAAAGGCUCAAACAGAGGUCAUGAUGAAGAACUGAUAUCCCAUUAUAGAAGAGAAUGUUUACUAGUAAGUGGAAUCCAAUUGUACAAUGUUUUAUUUUUUGAGGAAAAACUGCAGAUUUGUUUUUUAAACAUGUAGUCCUAAUCAGUAUCAUAAUUAUAUUUAGUUUCAGGUCUGUGGCUAAAGACUGUUCUCUGCUUUUAGUUAUUCUUAUGCAUCAUUCUUAGCAUACAUUAAUGUGUGUCCUGUGCAGCUUGUUUCAUAGGACAAGUGGGUGACAUUUGCAGUGGUGAGCAACUUUGGUGCCAUAUGGCUUAGCAAAACCAGUUGUAUCAUGGAACGGAUGUAAAUGGGUUAUUUUGUGAUUCUGGAAAAAGACUGCCAGAAUGCAAAUUGAAGUACCAAGGAUUUAAAAGAACUUGGUUCUAGGAGCUGUUCCAGUAAAUGAUAUGUGAUAGGAAUGGCAUGUGGUUCCCAUGAAUAUUUGAUGGAAUGAAACUGCACAAACAUUAUUGUUAGCUUAUAUAAAAACAUUGUUUCACAUUUUAUAACACAUAGGUAACCUCACUUGGCGUAAGUAGACUAACAGAAAAAUACCACUGCAUAAAUCAUCAGUUACAUGACAUUUUAGAGAUUGCACCAUGCAAAAGUAUUUGAUUAUAUAGGUUGCCCCUGGUUCUCAAAUGCUUGGACUAGUAACUUGAACCUAUUACACAAUAUUACACAAUAUGAACACUAACAGUUUGAUUUUUCUCUUUAUGGUAUACAUAGAAAUUAAAUGAGUGUGCUGCAGCACAGUUUGAAUCUGGAGAUGAUCGAGAAGUGAAUAAAGGACUGGAAAUUAUGAAUGAUCUUAUUGUUCCAUGUUUGCCAUUGUUACUGGUGGAUGAAACAGAGGAAAAGGAUAUUGUUGCUGUAGAAGAUAUGAGAAACCGAUGGUGUUCAUACCUUGGACAAGAAAUGGAGCGUAUGUUAUUUACAAUUGUACUUUUAUACAUAUACAGUAAUAAGAUGUGUUCCUAGGAACUCUGAGUAAGUUUGUUUCCGCAUCUCAGUUAAAAUCUAAGUAAGGUGCAUCUCAACUUUAGAUUGGUAUGGUAUGCCUAUAUUGUUAAAGUUGGAAGAAUAAUAUUGGAAGAGUAAACAAAAUAAAAAAGUUGGACGAAAGGAGAGAGAAUUUCAGCUGUUAGAUUGUGAUCAGUUUAUUAAUCUUUAAGCACAUUUUGAGAUGCAUAGUUCAGAAAUCUGCAAGAUAGCGCCUUAUUUACUAUAAAAGCAAUGCACGUUCUUCAUAGAUUUUAAUCCUAAAGUUCCAGUGAGCUGUUUCUGUUGCUGCUGUUUAAGAGUAAAUGUGGUUAAGAGAACAUCUAAUGGCUAAGAGAGUGCAGGCUUCCUUUUCUCAAGUGGGACCAUGAGAAGGAAAGGAAACCUUUAAAUAAUAAAAAUUUGCAUGCGAAGAUAACUCAUAGUUUAAAUUAUUGGCCAGUUACAAACAGAUAAAUAUAAAUAUAUGCAUCUUCUUUACAGCCAACUUGCAAGAAAAGCUGACAGACUUCCUGCCAAAAUUGCUAGAUUGUUCUACAGAAAUUAAAGGUUUCAACGACCCACCAAAGUUACCUUCAUAUUCCACCCAUGAACUGUGCGAACGAUUUGCCCGAAUCAUGUCAUCACUCAGUCGAACUCCAGCUGACGGAAGAUAAACUCUGAAGACCUUCCUUAAGCACACUGUAUAAACUGUUUUUAGUUAUUUAACCCUUGCCUUCCUGUCACAGGGUUUGCUUGUUGCUGCUAUAGUUUUUAACUUUUCCAUUUUAAUAAAUCGCAAGGAAAGAAAGAGGACUGUACAGACAUUAGUCAGACUGCAGGCAAUAAAGCUGAGAAUCGCAUGACACUCAGUUUUUGUUAUCAGCCAGAACUCAUGCAACAUUACAAGUCUGAUUUAUUACGGCAAAUCUGCUUUUUGCCACCUACCUGUUACAGUAUUACUUUGCUUAUGUCUUACAAUCCUUCACUUCAUCAACAACAGCUUUCUGUUCAGUCUGGGCCAUUCUGUGACUGCAUCAAUUUUAAAGUGACCAUUGUAAAAUACAUGGUACCUGGUAGCUUGUAAAUUACAUCAAAGAAUAAAAAAGUUUUAUUUAUGGCUA